AAACUGUUGCCUGGUGAUCUGCUCGCAGCUUGUCAACCGCACGAUCCAGUUACUGUAGCUGCCUGCUGCAAUGAAAAUAUCUCCGUUUGUGGGUGGAUAUACGGGCUGAGGUCCAUCAUUUUUUACCAAAGACUGACUGAGUGAGUACUUUAUCUUAUCAAUACGCACUAAACCCUUUUCAAUUGUAUGAAUUUCUUCUGUCGGUGCUGACAAGGGAGACAGCGAUAUCAAGCUUCAGGUUUGUUUUAUGCUAAUUUGCGGUUUUGUGUUUUUUUUGUGGCGAAACAGGCAAAGCAGCAAGAGAACAACUAGCUUUAUUUGAGCAUAACUGACCUUAAACCAGGAUUUAAAUCGCUGCUUAGGUGAGUCAGGUCUGAACUAAGUUGGCUUGAGUGUUGCCAUAUGUUCGACUUGUUGGAUUUAUUGCUGCCCUGCAUUGAAAAUGUGGGAGCUAGUAUCAUUAAAUCUGUGGGCAGUGGGAGCUAACACACACACACACACACACACACACACACACACACACACACACACACACACACACACACACUAAAGGUACAGUACAGCCGAGCACCAGCCUAUAUAUUAAAACCAACAGUUUGACAGCCACGUUUUUAUGUUUUAUGUGUAAUGAUCUGCUGUUAAGGAUGUGAGAGAAAGUGCUACAGUAGAGGUGAAUUACAGGUACCUGUAUAACAUUUAUUUAGCAAUAUUGUGUGAAAAUUGAACAACAAAUGUUAAUGGUUCCUUUUUUUCACUGCUCUAAUUUAAUGCUGUGUCUAAAAAUGUGUCAUUAAGUUAUAUGAAAAUGCUGUGACGUAGCUGUGUCAGUUGUUAUUUGCAAAACCUGCACCAUUAUGUCCAAUUUUAAUGAUUAUAAACACAAUUCGGGCAUUGAUAAUAGUGGUAACAAUGCAUUGGUUAUAGAAGGAGCUGUGAAAGUGCUGCAUCUGAAUUCCACAUAUUCACUUUAUCACCACGCAUGAGUCAUUCUUGUGUUGAUAGAGGAGAAAAUAUAUGAUCCACACAGCAAUGCCCAGUGCAUUCCUGAUCAUAUUAGCCUUCUAGGUCUGGGCCUAGGAGAGCAGUUGGCUAAAAUCUGCUCUGAAAAACAAUAGACUGGAUGCCACAGCAUGGAGGAAGCACACUGACGCACUCAUGUUUGAGGAGAACAGAUGACCAAAGGCAUUUUCUCUGCAGCCCUCAGUGUUCUAAGUUCAGGCUUGUAUUAUCCUCCUCCACUUCACCUGUGUUGAUGGUGUGCGGCUGAGUAAGAUAAGGGAGUAAUAGACCACACAGCGAUGUUUGGAGCUCAGGGAGACAGAGUUUAUUUUGGUGCCGAGGUUUUGCAUACUGAUGAGCAGCUCCUGUGCCCACAGCACCGUAGGAGACUGGGAGAGUGAGUAGGCUACGUGAGUCCUUGAGCUUUUCCCAGAAAGGAGUGGAUGAAAUGGAGAAAGUGGUAUCUGGAGUCUUAUCUGAUUCAAUAAGAGUAAAGAGUGUGUGGAUACCAGAGGAGGUACUUUAAUCACGUUAACAGAUUCUGCGGUUCGGUUUCACUCUGCAGAACACAGAGGGACUUUCAGGCAUUGUCUAACUUUCUUUAAUUUCUUUAAUUUUCUUUAAGUGCAGUGUGUGUGUGUGUUUGUCCCUCAUAGAGGGUACCUUGCUGAUUUUACACAAAAAGUUUAAUUUACCUGACUCUAAAACAACUACUCAAGCUGUAAAAACAGUUGCAUAAUUUAUUUGUGGGCUGUAGUAAGAGUUUUCUGAGGUGUGGCACGUUUACUCUUAUUAUAUCAUCAAGGUUAUCUGGGGAUGUCAGUGGGUUAUCAUGGGAGACAAGGCUUGAGAUUUUCCUUUCUUGAUGGAUAACCUGUGCUAUCAUGUUGGGAUGCACCAACAUCAGUGAUGGCCGAUAUUUGCCCAGUUGACAGGCAUUGGCUCAUUGACAAAUAAUGUGUCAUUCUCCAUUUAUUGGUGGCAAGUCAGUGUACUUCUUAGUCAAAGAGGAGGUUUUUAUUGGCCUGGUGGACAACCUGUGAUUUAUUUUCAUGCUCAAAUGUGAAAGAAAAUAACAGCAGUGUGGGAGGAUUACACCUCCAAGAAAAAUCAGUGACUUAAUAGAUUGCAAGACAUGUUCCAGUGACAUUUAAGAAGGAGGAACUAGAAGCAACAAUUAAGAUACACAAAAAUCUUCUUGUUCAUUUGAAAACAGACAGUAGUAAUAAGUAAAGUAGUAAUUCAGAAACAUUUGUUUGGAAAAACUGUUAUAUUAAACAUCAGCAUCUUUUCAGAAUUUCACAAUUGGUGCAUUUUUGUUUGCAGGUGUUGGCACUGAGUUUGACAGACACUCUGUAGGACUUUGCUCAUCACUUCACCUAACUCUAGCUUAUUUAAAAUAGUUUCAGGCAUUGAAAAUGAACAUAUGAUCAUUCUCUACUCUGAUGGUCUUUUUUGAUUUCAUAAGUACACAUAGAGGCAUCACUUUUGAGUCUGUUUUAUAACCAGCUAAAAACUCCUCACUGGAGCUUUAAUUUGCUCCUUUUGUCUGAUUUGCAGAUGUCUACACUUGAGAGGAAACAGACUAAUGCACAACAUUUUGGCUGUCAUUAGCUGUUUUCUGUUACCUUUUAUUUACUCGCUCUUGAAUUUAAGAUUUGAAGUACAUUUUUGGCCUCCACAGUACUGCAGUUUUUGGCCAGCUUUGAGUUUGAUGUAUGUCCUUUUUCUUUUAUGUGCCCUGUGCCUGUGUUGCAUGCAAGGUGUAAAUAAUGAAUUCAUCUGCAUUUCCAUGUAAUGUUGUUUCAAACCUUUAUCACAGUUAAGCCCUGUGUUUUUGACUGUGUUUAUAUCACUAAUCAGAUUCUUGAUGUGUGCAGCACUUUGUCAUGUUGGUCAGUUUAGAACCAUGCGCUAAGAUUACCAGUAAGUACAAUUAUAAAGGAACCUAUAGGAGUCAAAUUACAAUGUAAGCCUCUGCAGCUUCCAUUGUUUCUUUUUGCUUUGACUUUUGCGUGUCUGCCAACUGAAUGGAAGAGUGCCGCUGAAUCACUGAAGUGCCCCUUUAACUCAAGGAGACAGAGCUGCAGUAGGACAGUUCAGUGUUACUGAAGAACAGCUAGCCAGUUAAACUGACAAGAGUUCACACAGAGUUCUGAGCUUUGAGUUGACUUUUCAUGUACUUUGUUAAGAAUGACUUUCAUUUCUGUAUUUUGCAGUGGACUCAUUUUUGUAUAAAGGGAAGAAAUGGAUCUGUUUUUGGAAAGACACUCAUAUAAUCUGAUGUUUUUUAUUGUGCAGGUGAGAGUGAGCCACUAACAAAGGCAUGCAGCGGAUAUUAUGGCUAACAGCUGGCACGCACCCCUCGAGAGCCAACAGCUGGCUGCCUCACACCGUCCUGUAGCUGGGCCUCCUCCGCCUGAGCCCCAUGCACCUCCUGCAUCACACCUUUUGACUUCAUGAAGAUCCCUGGCAUUGGUGAUGUGAUGAAUAAAUUUGAAGUCCUUGGGAUUGUGGGUGAAGGUGAGAUUUCUGUUUUGGUGUAUGUUUUGAGCAUGUUUUAUCUGUUGUUAGUCUGCAGCAGUGAGUUCAGUGGAGACUUGGGCCACAGCUGUUCAUGUGCGGUGAGACAUGCACUCACAGAUUUGUUGUAGGGCUUUUUGGUGAGCAAUCAUUUGAUUGUUUUUAUCCAAUUUGCCUGUGGAACAAGGCUGUUAAAAGCCUGAUGUGUUGUUCAUGACUGUGCAGUUGGCUAAGGUCAAGGCCAAUUAUUAUUUAAAUGUUAUUCAUGAAGAAGGAAUUCAACACUAAAAACCUAGGCUAGGUGACCUGAAUGCACAGUUUUGUGAUGUCUUUAAGAUGAUUUUUUUAAACUCACUCCUCCGUGGGCCGGGUGAUUUGAUAGUUAAAUUUCUCUCAAAAUGCUCACUUAAAACAGCUUACUCUCACCCCCUCAAGCCUCUUGGUUGAUAUAAAGUGGCAGAAGCCCUGAGGUGAAACCACCCACUUGUCCCAGUUUCUAACACCCGUACUCCCACAGCCCAGAAGUUUCAUAAUGUGCAUAUAAUGUGUCCCUGGAAGACACAGGAAAACUUUGAGCCUGAUUUUGAAGGCUGAGUGACCAACCAAAGACAAGUCAUUCUGGAAGGAAGUCAGCACUUUUUGUGCCACUUUAAACUGUAAAGUUGAAGAAGUUUUUGUCUUACUCCAGCUCUACUCUCUGCCUCUGCGCCCACAGCACACUGUGCUCCACUUGAUCCAGCAUCAUAGAUUUUUUCCUCAGUGGUCUUGGGGUCAGUCAAUUUUGUUAAUCAUUGAGGACUGAGUGCAGCUUGUCGGCUCACUCCAGCAGUGAUAAACACACUGAAUCUUAUAUAAUUACAUCGAGGUCCUUUUCUGAGAAGGAAAAUAAAUAGAGAUUUUGGAGGUUUUUCUAUUUCUCUUUGCACUGUCCAGUCAUCUUGUUAGAUUUUCUAAGUAUACUAAUCUUUAUUUAUACAUGUAUUCACACUCAAAAUGCAAAUGUAAGGCAAUUGAGAAAAAGACAAAAGCUUGUGUGUAGGUGUGGCAGAAAUCAGGGGUAGGCUGAUGAUUGGCCUUGGCCAAUUUUGGCAACUCUCACUAAUUCCUCGUAUGUAUUAUCUAGUAUUAUUUAUUAUGGAGCGCAAAUCACUUUGUAUAAAACCAGAUUGGUAUCAUCAAUGAACAAAAUAGGAAAAGAACAAUUACAAGCGACUAAAAGUCAUUAAGAUAAAUGGAAGAACAGAGGUGUUUAGGUGUACCAAGUUUUUUUUUUAAAAGCUGAUUGAACAAACUCCUUCUGAAUCUGGAAGAAUCUGAUGGGGAUACGUUGAAGGGUACUUUCCCAAACAAUGCUGCCAUGAUAAAUAGGGAUAAAUACGGCGCAGUCGCAGAGAGUCACUGUGAUGACUCGGCUCAAACAGCGUAUCCCCCGGGAGAGCUACGCAAUCCCUGAAAGCCCAAUAGGCUGUAUCAGGUGUUAAUCACAGAAAACAUGAACCCCCUAAUAACUUUUAAAAAAGGAGCUGUACAGAAAAAAAAGGACUUGAGCACAAACCAGUCCUACAGUAACUACAUGUCAACAUCACAAGCAGGGGGGAGAAAAAUUUAUAUUCUGUGUAAUAAAUUUCUAAAGUUUGUCCACAGCUCCAUAAGCUUCGCUGCCAGAGGCGGGAUUUAUGACCUAUACUGCAGCCCAUCACCAGAGGGUGCUGUUCUUGGAGUGGCUUCACCCAGCUAGGAGACAGACUCUGUCCAUUCUAUAUAGAGUCUAAGGUUUUAUCAAAAAGCAUUCUGUUCUCCGGCACGUAAACAAUCAGCCGUUUGGCCAUGUUGGAUAUACUGUGAUCUGACGUCGCAACAAUACGCAAUCUGAUUAGUCAGAAGUGGACACACAGUAUGCGAAACUUAAAAAAAACGACCAUGAUCCGAAAAAAUAAAUGCCCCAAUAUCGCAGGAUAGGAAAACAUCGCUGAUGUGAACGGAUUCAGAUGUAUCAGAUUCACAUGAUUUCUUUGAUGCAAUGUUUACCGUCCAACCUAAUUGCAAUAAAAUGUUUAUUCAUUGUUAAAAUUAUAGCAAGCAAAAUGGGAAUUAAAAAAAUGUGAAUUGUGCUCAUUAGUACAGUAAAUACUGUUGGGUUUUUUAGGGACAUCUACAUCUACUACAUCAUUACAACAAGUGAAUUUUAUACAGCUGGUUACAUAUUUAUUUACAGUUUGUAUCAAUGCUAACAGGCACUACAAGCAUUAAUUUAAUCUUUAAUAGUUUUAAUUCUAUAACCUGUUUACAAACUUGUUAUCAGUUGUACUAAUGCUCUGGCACUAAAUUCACUUCACUUGUUAUGACUAUACUUAAUCAACCUUCGGCACAUUUGUUUAAUCUUAUUUGACCACUAUACCCACCUACACCCAUCCUUAAAUAAAGGCACAAGGAGCCAUAAAAAAACUGACUUGUCAAGAUGAGACAGUUUUCGACAAAAUUUCUUGAAGAAUUUAAAAUAAAUGACAUUUUUCCUCAGAAAACUGUGAAAAAGGGACAAAAUUUAAUCAUGUGAAGCAGAAGACCACAUGUAGAAGGACUGAGAGAUUUUAACAUGGAAGAAUAUUUUCUCUUCCAGUUUUAGUGAGUUUGAGUCUCUCAAGUUUUGCUGCUAAGAAAAGGAAAAAAAAUGAAGAAAAUGGGGAAUACUGAUGACAGAAAAAGGCUUUGGCUGGAAUUUGUUCCUAAAAAAGUUCUCAAAAAGGAUAGAAAUAGCUGUAUGUGAUUUUUAUAUGAAUUGUAUUUUUUUACUUAGUAAUGAACAAAAAGGUCCUUUUAUCAGGAGGAACAUUGUACAAUCUACAGCAACGAUGGACCAAAACCAAGAGGGUCGGUAUAACUGACAAAGUGACUUCAGAUACUGAAUUUGCUGUUCAUUAGUGACUUCAACAUUUAUUUGAAUGAAUAAAAACAUGUGUCAUACUUUUAAAAACAUUGAUGUGGAGUACAGACAGUUUGAUUUUCAACUGUUAAAGCACACGUGACCGCUGGUCUAGUGUCAAUUUUGUUUCAAACCUCCAGCAGACUAACAGCAUGUUGAACAAAUAUGUGUCUCGGGUUUAGUGUUUGAUGCAUCUAAACCAUAUAAGAGAGACUAUAAGUGUGUGAAAGUAUCCUCUUGUGAAGCCUGGAUGACUUCCUGUAGCCCCGAUGUUCUGGGGAAGGAGCAGUUUGUCAUAUGCCUGCUCAGUCCGUGAAUUCCUCCUCAACCCUCGGGGGAUUUGUCUGUGUGACUGCCAGGGUCGAUAACAUCAGAACUACAGUAGCUUGCCAACACUUGUGUCCUACUUUCUGAGCCACCUGUCCUUUUUAGAGAGGGGGAUGUUUCUCUUUAAUUCAUGUGACCAUAUGAGGAGUGUUGACAAAGAGGAUUUCGACCUGUUUUCACUUGUUCUGUUGUAGUAUGCUCAAAUACAAGGAGCUUCGGACUUAUUGGCUAACUCUGUAAACGCUCUGAAUCCAGCCAGGUUUUUUUGUUUUCUAAUGACUUCUAAGUCCAUGCUACAAUCACAAACCACCUUUUUAUACCACAGGUAUUCUGUGGUUUCUAUUAUUAUUUCAUGUGGGUCUGCUUUUAAGUGAAGUAGCUCUACUUGAAAACAAGCAGAAGUAAUGUGUUGAUUGCUUUAAGACUUCAAAUGUCUCAAAAUGAGCUCUGGAAAAAUCUCAGUAUGAUAUGUGUUUUAUUUUUCUUUUAGGUGCCUAUGGUGUUGUUUUGAAGUGCCGACACAAGGUAAGAUUUUAUUAAAUUUUUAUUUAAACACCUUAGUUCUUAUUCUAUUAAACCGUUACAUCCAUCACUUCAGUUUUUUUUUUUAAAUAUAUGUUUCCAUAAAUUUUUGACUUGCAUUUGUUUAGGUUUAAAUAGCAAAUUUUUGUCAAGUAGUUCCACGAAGCUUACAUGAAAACACAAAAACUAACACUAGUGGGCAUCCUGGGGAAAAUUUUUCAUGGGGAAAGUCCCACCUCCUUCGCCUCUGAUUGGCUAGAAAAGCUGGAAACGUCAUCACAUGCUCAAGCCAAACGGUCAGCACUUAUAGCCAAUCAGAGGCGAUAAGAUAAGCACAUGAAACUAUGGUAACAACCAUUAGCUUACGUUAGCACAGAUGAAAGUUAAAACAAAGGCGUUUAGCAAACUGUUAAAGCACACAAACCAUUGUCAUAUGAGAGAUCCGACGCUAUGACUCUCCACAAGUUGUCUUUCAGGCCGUUAUCUUUGUAAUGUUUGUGCCUUUUAUCAAAAAGCACUCUGUUCUCCGACACGUAAACAAUCAGCCGGUCGGCCAUGUUGGAAAUACCGUGAUCUAAAGUCGCAACAAUAUGCAAUCUGAUUGGUCAGAAGUGGACACACAGUAUGUGAAACUUUAAAAAACGACCAUGAUCCGAAAAAAUAAAAGCCGCAAUAUUGCAGGACGGGAAAACAUCGCUGAUAUGAACACUUGUAUUGACAGGAUACGGGUUCGAAACAAAAUUUUGACGUCCGAAAUAAUUGCACGAAAAAAAUGGUCCCGGUGUGUAAGGACCUUUACACCUACAGAAGAGGACAAGCUGGCAGAGAAUUUGUGAGAGUGGCAAGAAGUGAGCAGGAGCUGAUCCAGUAAUGGGCAGCAGGUGAGAGAGGGGGGAGGGGCAGUGAAGUAAUUCUAUUGGCACACAGGCAGGUGUGACCAGCUCUGAAACAACAGGAGAGUAGGAUCUUCCUUGAAGCACAAAAAUCAACACAUUAUUGCUUAGGAUAUACCAGGGUAAAAAUAUUUUAGGGUCAAACACUGUAACACUGAGUUAGACACUCCGUAGAGAGAUGAAUGUUGCCGACCACUUGCUUCUCCAGUUAUACCAACUUUAGUAAUGACCGCACGAUAGCAAUACACAGUGAUCUGAGGAACCAUAAACAAACCUCAACCAAAAAGCCACUCUUUAGCCAUAAAUAAUGCUCAGAACAGCACCUAACUUCAUCAACAGUACAUAUAGGGUCCCAGCCAUAGCACUAGCCACCAAACAUCUUUUUAACUUUGCCUCAUUUCUUUAUUAAAGAGACUAAACACAACUCACCCACUCUCCUCCAGCAGCCACUUGUUUGUACGGAGACCUCUGGCGAGUCCAUUAUGAUCAGUUUUUGCAGUUAAAGAUAUCCAAGACCCCUAUGACACAGCCUGAAAAUGUUGUGGCAGUUUUUGACAUUAUAGUAAUGCAGUGUGUACAGAAAUGUUGAAAAUAUUAACAAAUGAAAAGCAUAAAAAAGAAAAAGAAAAGAGUGUAACACAGCUUCUCUCAUGCACAAAGACAGAUUUCCUGACUUUUACCAGCUGCAUUUUCACAUCUGCUCAUCCAGACGGGCUAAAUAGUGUAAAAAUCCUGGUGAAGCUGGAAUAAAAAAAUUCUGCUGAUUGCAUUCACACAUGCAACUCAUCUUGAAAACCUUCAGGAAUAUUUUGGUAAAACUUCAGGAGUGUAAUGCAUGUGUGAAUACAGCAAUAUACUGUAUUCUGUGCUGCAUUCAUUCUUUUCUUUUAAUAAUACAGAGUGAAUUCUGUGUUUGUUAUCAAAAAGACGUGGGUUGUUGAAUUAAUUUGAAGCUCGCUCAGACAUGCUGCAGCAGACCAGAGAAAAUUAGUCCUCUUGUGAUUUUUUCAGGGGUUUGUGUGAGGCCAGUGGUUUUCAUGCACCUGGUUCCUCCAUGUUGGUUUACUGCUGUCAUCCUGAGCUGUAGAAAUACUGUGAUACUUUAAGUGGCUGCCAUGGACGGCUGUAAAAUUAGUUGGCGUGCUUUUGUCUCUGCCUGGAUUAAUAGCUGAGAACGAUCCGCUUUGAAUGGCAGCACAUUUGUCAACUUAAAAAUUUCCACCCCUCUGCCACUUCAUUUUUUUUUUCAUUCAUGUAAAAGCAUCUCAGAUAGACCAUUUUGCAUUGAAGCAAUUGAUUUUUUAGCAGCAGAAAGAGAAAAAGACAGGGGAAAAAACUAAACAAUAAAACAGCAGGGCUAUGAAAAGCAGGCGACCCACACUGCAGUUCUAGCUUUGUCAUCUCAGCCCAUUUAAGGAAGAGGCUGUGCCACAAUUUGACGGCAAUCCAGCAUGAAUAAGAGAGACUAACUACCUCCUACUUAGAGAUCUGCAGGAAACAAAACACUUUCUGAGCCUUCCUCAUCCAAAUCCUUGAUGCUUCUCCUCUCCUCCAAUCUGCUGCCUUCAUUACUAUGUGUAAUGCAGCAAUGCCCUUACUCUGUGUAUCCAUUAGCACAGGUUUCUAAUGUGAGCAAGUUAGCUUUAGUGUGAGAAAUGAAAAAAAUAGCAGCAGUCGACUGAUGCUGAGCGAGAGGAGAAAAAGAAGAAAAGCCCUGCUGUAAGCCGGAAUCACAGCCUAUAAUUACAGAGCUUUAUUGUUCAGACUGAUUGAUCCCGGGCCCAGGCAGCUGCAAAUGCCAAUGUUUCCAUUUUAUACAAGAGAACCUCCAUCAAUAGACCUCAGUUAGGUCCACACAACAGAUGGAGGCUGUUUCUUUGUCUGUGACACGUUUUCACUGUGCGAAAAUCUGUCAUCAGCUCCAUCAUGGCAAAUAUUUAUCAUCCUGAGCGAAUAAUGACUUUCUUUUUGACAAACACGUAUUCAGUGAAAGGUUGAUCAGAACGUUUCAUCUUAAAGCCGCAGACACAUCAGCUGCUCUUCUAGACUCUAAGGAUAAAGAAUAGACGGUAGUGAACAUUUGAUGCUGUUUUUUAAAUGUGCAAAUAUUGACUUUGUCAGGACUGUGGGAGCUGGUUUAAACACAGCUUUUAUAAGUAUCAUGUAUUAUUUAAUGCAUUAGGUAGAACACCAUGUUCUUUACAUACUGUCCAUACUGCAUUCAUUCUUCUGAUGCACGGGACAUAAAGUAUGAAUGAGGUCUUUAAACACGGUAUGAGGGAUAGGUUUGUAGGUCAGUACUUUUUAUAGUCAUUGCAGUUGCAAAUAUCAGGGUUUGCUGUCAUGAAUACAUACUAAAAAUCUGUAUUGGUAUUAGUAUUGAUAGUGGUGUCAAUAACAGCCCUGAAAAACCAUGAACUCCUACACACUGCACCUUUUAAAUUUGAGUUCAAAUCUCAGAGAUUUCAGUUAAGGCUUCUGUAAGCAGAAAUGAACUGGUUAUGAAACAGAGGGAAAUUAAUAUGGAUGCCUCCAUUUGAGCUAAAAGCUGAUUCAGGGUCAGUGAUAGGAGCAAGGUGACAUUUUUAAUUUGAAAAAAAAAAAACAGAACAUACACAUGAUCAGGUCAAAAUCAGUAAAGAGAGGAGAUACUACGUUGUCCUCAAUGGUUGCCAGAAUUGACAAAACUCAAAGUUCCUCUCAGGCACUCUAAAUGAUGUCAUUGUAUUUUUCAGUGUGUGCUGGCAAAUCGUGAUAAAACCGAUGGGUAUUUGGUGAAAGCUCUUGAAGUGUACUCUGGGUAAAUGAUUAAUAAGGACUAGAGAAAAUAAAAACCCAGAGGCAAAGAAAAAAAAAUAAAAUAACAGACACAGCUGUCCUUGAGGACCCUGUUUGGAUUUGUGUUGGUCCACUAAGGCAUCAACCAAAGCUUAAAACACCUGGAUCUAUCCCGAAGACCUGGUUCAGAACAUUUCAGAAUACUUUUGAAAGCACAUUGGCUUUCCAGCUGAGGCUUCGUCUGGUUGCUACGAUACAUCUGAUCCUCAGAGGUAAAAAUGUCAGCGCAAUGUAGAUAACCUGCUUUGAUUAAAGGGAAAGCUGAAGUACUGAAGUAGCAGACAGACCUGUAGUAAUAUGGGACAAGAAGCUAAGCUGACUUUUCCUCCAUUUUUGAUGUACAAGACUCCAAUGCUACAGGUUGGAUCUGAUGGUUGAGGUAUUUAUCUUACUUCUCCUCUACUGUAGCUGAACAGUUUCAAAAGUUAUACUAGUUCAAAAUCAGUCACAAAUAUUCAAGUCUUUAAGGUUGUCACUUAAAAAUAAUGGUCCAUGUUACUGCAUUGAAAUGCCAUUUUAGGAAAAAAAAAAUAAGAAUGGCCCAACUUUGUAUUUAUACAAUAUUUGUCCUUAUAUUAUUCUGGUUCUUCUGCUUGUUAAUAGCAUAAAAGACAUUUACUGCACCUUAUACAUAGGAGAUCAUGUACAGUGGAUAAGGAGGGUGAACCCGGCCUUCAUGCUAGUUGUGGGGCCCUGCUCACCGUGUCUGGAUUCUGAAUGGCAUAACCAACCGUUCAGUAGGGCUUGGCAUUUCCAGCAGCAUCAGGAUAUGAUGAGUAACGCGAUACAGAGCACAAAUACAUAACAUAUCACAAUACACUUGAUUUUGGAUGGAGACCACAUCCUACAGAGAGCUUGCUACGACAGCUGUCCUUUUAAUGUUGUGAAUGCAGACAAAGACAUGGUUUUAAGGAUAUAGCCCAAAAAAAAAUCUAGAUGCUUGAUUCGUUAAGCUCCUGUGAGGAACUUUGCCAGUUUUGGUGUCGCUCAUGAACAAAGCAGUUUCGCCUAUCUUUUCUUUUACUUGCUGAAGUUAUGUCUUUUGACAAAAAACACACUCUGCCAACUUCUGAUGGUCACAUGUAUUGUUCUCAUAUAAUUUUUAAUGUGGAAAAUGAAGAAAUAGGCCACUCGACUGACACCUACCACCUUAAAUAUUAAAAAUGAUUAUUUACAAAUGAUCAAUCUUGUCUCUGAUGGUCCUUUUUGCUUUUCAGUACCAUGAAAAGGCAUCAAUAUGAAGUGAUGAAGAGUUUUCAGUCUUUUUCAUGAACAACAGAAAACUUCACUUAGGGGCUCCAAUACAGGGUUUAGAGAGCAAAGGAUGAUGGACACAUAUGACACCAUUGUCUUUGUAGUUCCCACCAGCUGAGACAAAUCUGCGGUUUUCACAAGUUCAUAACUGUACUGAGACACUGUUGUUCUUGCUGUAUCAUAAAAUUGAUGCUACAGUUACAUCUCUAAAAACUGAUUAUUUUCCGACAGUGCCAACAGGCAGAUGUCAAAUGUGCCUGGCUCCUUUACAGAAAUUAAUUUGAUAAUUUGAUCAAAUAUGUGUUACCAGGUUGUCUUUGGUGUCAUUUCUGCCAUUAAAAUUUAAUUACCGUUGCCAAUAAGGAUUUUUGACCAAUAAGGAUCAAGUACUUUGCUCAGCUGGGUUAUGGAUCAUUAUCAUUUUUGAAAUUCCUACAAUUUCUCAAAUUUUGAUCCUGCAAGUGAAAUGCAGAUUCAAGGACUCAAGAGGUUUGAUUGUGACACUUCAAAAAUUCAAGUCUUAGAAAGUGCUUUGUCUCAUAUCUUAAAAAAGUCUUAUAGGGUUCAAUUUAAGCCACAAAAAAUCCUUGCAGUAUCACACCCCCAUAGUUAAGUUAUUUUUUGUUAUCCUGUUUUAUUUUGAUACUCACCUCUGUGUCUCAUUUCAGAUCCUCCAUUUCCUGCCCUCCUGUGUUCCCAGUGUGUGAUUACCUGCCCCUCCCUAAUGUGUUUCACCUGUGUCUGAUUGUCUUCACUCACCUCGAGUAUUUAGGCCAUGUACACACAUAGUCGGGUAUUUGUUAAAAUGAAUAUAUUUUUCUACAUUUUGUCCUGCUAUCCACACGAAGCCGCAUGAUUACAUCAUUUAAAGUUGUGCUUUUGGAAAACUUCGACCAAAGUGAAGAAUUUGGAAAACUCUGGAUUUGUUUGGACAUAGAUAACCAGAGUUUUAAGUUCCCAAACCUCAAUGUCUGCGACAACUAAUAGAUAAACAUCAUAUACUAUGCGCUCUUGUUUAUGUCAGGCAGUGGACGGCACAGAUAUAUACAGAAUUUAUAUUUUUGUUAGGAGCAAAGGAGAAGGAGUGCUUUGCAGUCAGUUAUUCCACACCAAAUUACCCUUCCUCCACCUUUCUUGUGUCUGUUUGACUUUAUACUCCAAAACGAUGCUUAAAAGCAAUUCCACCUCUUUGUCGGUCCACACGAACGAACUACACAGCGCUAUGUUUCAUGUUUAGAGAAGUGAUGAAGAGAAAGGGAAGCUUGCUCCGGUUGGAUAGAAUGGAUCUCACUUUUUGGCAAAUAGUACCAGCUCCAGGUCUGGCAUGCUUAUAACCGCGGUUAAUAGCACAUUUAAGCGGUUUUGUGUGGAUGGUAUUUUAUUUGUAAAUGAGGAUGUGCGUACGUGACUAUUUCUUUAAAUGGAGGGGGUUGGAUAUUUGUUUAUGAAAAUACCCGGCUACGUGUGUACAAGGUCUUAGUUUCUCUGUUCCCCUUGCUUCAGUGCUGGUUUGUCUCUUGCUAGUGCGAGUUACAUCCCAGCUUUUUUUUGAUAGAUCAGAGAUCUUUUGUGAAUGACCUUUGCCUACUUUUUGGACCUGUGUAAGCCUUCUGAUUUUGUACCUUUGCCAUAUUUUUUGACACCUUUUUAAGUAAAGCCCUUUGAACAUUUUCCCUGGUGCCAGAGUGCAUUUUUUGUCCUUUGUUUGUGCUGAGCCUGAUAUGCAGGUUUUGAAAAAUGUUUCAUUUCAAGAUAUGAAAUACGAAGAAAAAAAACUGAGCUGCUUGUAAUAAGUAAUAAGAAUUUCUCAAAUUUCAUCCAAUUUAAAUGUUAAAGUUUAAAUGUUAUUCAAAGAAACUUGAAAAAUUCCAGAUUUUUUUUCUUUCACACAUUAGCAGAUUUCUCACAUUUUUAUCUCAAUACAAGGAAAUCACUUCUUAAAGCCAUUGUGAGAAGUUUUUGAAGUAACUGAUUUAGACUGUAAUUCAUAUUGAUGCCGUUUGAUAAUAUAAAAAAAGCAAAUAUGACUAUCAGUGACAAGAUUAACAAUUAAUAUAUUAAUAUUGCCUGUUUUAAUGCCUUAAACCAGAUCAAGGGGUUUGAGUCAACCAAGCAGCAAAAUAAAGAGCCCUGAUUUUACAAUUUCUGUAUCAAACUUUGACAGUUAGUUAUUUGACCGACACGAGUCAGCAGGAUAAGAUUUGAUAUUACCAGACAAGAUAGCAGAGGACUGCUUUGUCCACAGGGGGCGCUUAAAUUGAUGCCAAGUCAAAUGGAACCGAUCCAUUUUUCCGAGAACACAAUCGUCUAAAGAAAUGUGUGUGUCGUCAUAAAACCACUGAGAACACUGUAGUGUAAACGCUAAAUCGCCAAGCCUGUAAUGCUGCCACAGAAAUACACCAAAAGCAAAGAAUAAGGAAACCUUUACAAUGUAAACAAACACACAAAGAACAAGAUCUGCUGUCAGCAGUUCAGUAUUGAUGCAUAUGGGUUGUUAACUUGGAAACUCGAAGGUGGCGUAUUCAGAUUUGCUCACUCUAGGACCUGGUUUAAAAAAUUUGCACACCCAAACUGCUGGCUCCACCUCCCUCUUUAAAUCCGGGUUCUCCACAGCAGGUGAAAGAUGAUCAUGUUUGAUCCUCAUCUCUGAAAAUGUAACCUCUCAGAUUAUUCCUUUGAAUGGAAUAAUUGGAUGUAUCACUCCUAAACUCAACCGCUGAUAGGCUGUGUGCUGUGGGAAAUGGAGUAACACUGCUGUAGUUAUGAAGCAAUCAUUAAGAGCGAGCUGUGUUUUCAUGACUCCAUUUUACUUGAGAUUAUGCAGCUAAUUUGGAAUGUCUUUUAAUUAGCUUAUUUUAUUUUCAUUAUUUGUCAGGCAUAUAACAGAGGAGUAACAAUCCCCAGGACGUCUUGGCAUUUCACUGACUCUGUGGGCCUCCUGUGUGUGUUGCUGAUUUGAUUAUAUAUGCAGCUUUGAUAGGAUAUGUGUUGGUAACUUUACAGUUGGAUGUGUGAAAGCACAGGAGACUGCGUUCUCUGGAUGCAGAUCAAUGUGGACCCGUGCCAUCUGGAAAAUAUCGUAUUGUCAGUGUGAAUGGACUAACAUGUUUUUUCAAGGGCCAACCUCGCAGAUCCAUGCUGCAUGAUUAUGUGCGCAUACAUGCAGGCGUGGGUGCUCAAACACUCACUCCCUGCAGUGGCACACACACAUAUACACACAUGCUGACACUUAAAAUGCAGAAUAAUACACAGGCUUAUGGAAGGGUUUGGUGCUGCUGUGACUGAGAGCGCUGGUCAGAGAAAAUGGCUGUGUCUCUUUGUAACAACUGCUGCUGAGUUGCAGCUGCUUGUGCUCACAGAUCGUACUUACCCAUGACACGCCCCUCAAAUUUGGUUCAUACAGUACAUGUAUUUAACCGGAAUAAUUGGAUCCAAGAGAGAUCCGGGGACAGAUAUAGAACGGAUGUGAUGUGUAGAGCUUGUAUUCAGUGACGCUCAAGCAGAUUUGAGAAUCUAUUAAAGAGGCUGCUGGAGAUUACAGUGUGCAUACCCCUACAUAUGCGCUAUAGCAUCCAGACACACAGACAGCUGAAUGGAGAAGCAGAGAAAGAGGGAUGAUGUCAUAAAAUGAGGUGCUCAUGGCUGUUGAGUUAGUCUUGUUAUUAAUUUAAAAUCUCUGCAGUACUCAUCAUUCACAAGGUUUUUACCAUGACUCAUCUCUGAGCCCAUCUUUGUCUGUCAAUGGGAUACAAUAAAAGACACAAAAUUGUGUACAACAUCUAACAGUAACAUCGACUGCAAAAAAAACAACUUAACAUCCAAACUACUUUAGCAUGAAAACAGCAGAUCCUUGACAUUUAUCCAAAUUACUAAUUACAUAAUUUAACAUUUUUUAAUGGGCCUUAUGAGCCUAAAUACUGGCUGAUGCUGAUUGUUUCAAAAUGUCUUUAAUGGGUCUGAUUAAUCGGCCUGAUCAGUUAAUCAGUCUGUCACUAGGAGUGAGUGUGUAUCAAGAUUAAAAGAUUAUUACGAAAUUACGAAAUAUUCAGAGGCGAAUUUUGACACGCCUGACUAAAGACAUCAAGUGCGAUGCGAUUUUGCAACCGGGGGAAAAAAGAUGCAUCCCGGGUGAAAGCAAGAAGACUGACACAAAACCAGACUGACUGUGUUUCAGUUUUGAUUAGACACUAGUGUUGAGAUGGCUGUCUCUCAUGAUAGCAUGUAUUGAGUCGGGGCCAGUACCAGAUAAGCACAUUAAACUAUAAUCCAUAAACGUAAGGUAACAACCUAAUGGUGCUGUGACAGCAACACGAUUGAGUUUGAGACAGUGAGAAUACAUACACACAAGUUACUUGGCACAGAUGAAAGUUAAAACAAAGACGUUUAGCAAACUGUUAAAGCACACAAACCAUCGUCAUAUGAGAAAUCCAACGCUAUGACUCUUCACAAGUUGUCCUUCAGGUCGUUAUCUUUGUAAUGUUUGUGUCUUUUAUCAAAAAGAACUCUGUUCUCAGACAUGUAAACAAUCAGCCAGUCGGCCAUGUUGGAUAUACCAGUGAAAAAAAAAUAUUGACGUCCGAAAUAAUUACACGAAAAAAAAAACGCUCCCAGUGUGAAAGGACCUUAAUGUUGACAUUUCUUGUUGAACUACAGCCCUCCCUGACCAGCACCUGUUUACCUGUUCAUGGUGGGUCUCAGUUUCAUUGUAAACAGUAAGUUUUGCAGCAGUUCACUCUGGCUUACUUCAACACAAUGACCCUGAAAAUGAAUCCAGUUUUUUUGUGAUUGAACAACCUUCAGUGCUGAUUUGUAACAAGUCAAAAGGUCAUGCUUUGUCAGGUCUGUUUUCAAGAGGAGAACUUUAAAACUUUUGUUUCUAUAUCGCGGUCAGAUUGGUCAUUUCUGAUGCAUUCCCCAGAGGUGGGAUGAACAACCUUGCUACAUCCAAUUUCCAGAGUAUCAUUCUCCAUUUGAAAAAGUUGUAGACCCAGCUCUUUUGUGAACAACUCCACACUAAUUGAUUUUGACCAGUGUUGAUGAUGAUGACCAUGGUAUUGGUGAUGUUGAUAAUAUUGAGGUUAAUUAGGAUUCUCAUGGAGGCAAUGGUCGAGGUUGUUGCUGUAGUUGGGGAUGAACACCAUCUGCAGUGCCUGUGUCCUGUUGGACUUGAAGCAGGCAGUGGUGCUUACGCGUGUUGUUUCCUCCUGUCUUACCUUGCUUGUGUUGUACUCAUUCUCAAAUGUUGAACACAAAAUAAAACUGUAGCGUUGUAAAGCUGUGGAAGAUGGGAAAUUAUUCGGCUUUCACGACAAGCAGGCUUGCCACUCAAGUUUUUUUUUUAUUAUAGGCUGCUUUUAGAUGUAUUUACACAGCUAGUUGCACUUGCAUGCUGAAUUUAAUUAUACAGAUCAAUAAAUCACCACCAGCUCACUGAUGAUGGUGGUUGAUUGUGUUCUGCCUGGUUUUGCUCUACAUACGUACUGUUUUUCUUCCUAAAAGUUCACCUUGCUUUUUUUGUGAUUGGUUGAGGAAGUACUGAACAUAAUAACCAUAAACAGUGAUACUGAAAUUCAGCACCCUGCGCGUUUUAUUGAACAGGGCUAAAUACUGGGUCAUCAAAUUUGUAAGUAAACAAUAUUAAAUGAUUUGCUAACGGUAGAAGAGCUAGCACCACCAUCCUUCUGCCUGUGCUAGUGAUGCAUCGCUCAAGCUGAGCAGUUAUAUGCCAGUUUGUACCAAACAUGUCACAUCUCCUGAUUAGUGAAGUUGUUUUUUGUUUUUUUCUAUCCCUCAUGUUUCUUGUCUUGUGUUUCCUGUUUUAUUUUGAUACACACGAUUGUCUCUUGUUUCAUUGACUUCCUCCUCCUUGUAUAACCUGCUCCCCUGAUUACCCUGAUGUGUCUCACCUGUGUCUCGUUAACUCCUCUGCCCUCGUAUUAAAACCCAGCUUUCUCUCACCUCUGUUCCAGUUCAUCUUGUCUAUAGUGUGAGAGUUCCAGCAUAUAUUUCUUGUGUUUGCCUCAGUGUUUUGAACUCAUUUCAGUAUUGUUUGACUUAGCCUCUUGCCUGUUGAUUUGGAUACCUCUGCCUUUCCUUUUUUUUUUUUUUUUUUUUUUUGGGGGGGGGGGGGUCCUGUGUACUAACUCCUUUUUCGAUUUAACGGACUUUGAUUUUGCCAGCCUGUGAGUUUGCAUCUGGGUCUUCUUUUGGUUCAGUGUCACAAAACAUAGCCAGCAUACAACUUAAUCUCCAUUUUCUAGAUCAAAAUACAGUCAAACCCUGUUGCGAGACAAGAUCCCAUUCGUCAUCUGUGUUUGUGUACACCUAGUAUUUUAGUAUUAUUGCUGCAACUCUGUUUGUUGGUGGUUGGCACCACAGACACCACAUAUGACUGGAUAUCAAAGUUUGACUGACUAGAAAUUCCUGGACUGAGUAGUGAGGCCGAUAACGUUUAAUUAUAAGGCAUCCUAACAUGCUUUUCCCUUGGAGGAUAAUGCUGGACCAUUUCACUGUUUACUUAAUGUUUCCACCUCUUCACACAACAUACAUGUUCUUGCUGUUGGACAGUGAAAGAAAACAGAUUUUUAAUAUGUUUUAUAUCAUUCUCUAUUCAACUUACAUGAUAAGUAGCUGAAGAUUAUUUCUAAUUUAAUGUCUUUGCCCUCCAGAACUCAGUUUGAAUAAUUUCAUUAGUCAGUCCUGAUGUAUUUUUUUAUGCCAAACUAUUAAUCUGGCUAAGGCUUCUCUUUACAUAUUUAUACUUAGAUUAUACCACACAAAUGGGAUAAUAAGACAGAUACAUAUAAAUCAAAUCAGGCCUUUAUUUCUAAAAGCUAAAAUUAGUGUCUGUCAGUGAGAGUAAUGGCAGCUGAUUGGUUGUUAUGGCAUCAGUUUAUUCUUGCCGUCAUAAUGAGAGGUAUUUUAAGAGGAAGCUAAUGUUUAAUGAGGAUAAAAAUCCAGACUGAAUGUACUCCUUAAGUAGACAUUAAGUAGUCUAGUUCUUGAUUUUUUUCUGUUAUUUUCUUUUCCUAACUUUAAUGAUUUUCAGCAUGUCUGCCUUACUCACAUUUUUUUUAACCUUUUUUUUUUGCAGUGAUUUGACUAACAAAACAAUCACACUUAAACUUCAUAACACAGUACAACACACAGUACAGAAGAUCUUUGGUCUUUUUUGUACUUCCUUUAUUUUAAUGCGUAUUUGUUUAAAUGGAUCUUUUUGAAAAUAUUUUUGUUUGUUGUGUGAUUGAAUUUGAUUCAGGGUUGCUGCAGCUACAUAUGUACCUUCUGUCAGCUGAAUUGACAAUGGCUGCUCACUCUGACCAAUCUACAUCACAUAAAGUCACAGGAUUGUUGAUGCUAUACACACUCCGAGUAACAGCGCAGGAUCAUGUUUGUGUUGCUCAGCAACAGACAAGUUAGAACACAGAACUAGGUGAGUUAGUGGAGGAAAAUGAAAACCAAUCUGCUGCCGUGUUUUCUUUUUAAUACUUAAUGCUGCCUGUGGGACAGUUGUAAAAACCGUAAUAUCACACACACACACAGGAUGUGCUGCUGUGCUGAAUAACGCUAUGCUCUGGUGGUCUUUGGCUCACAGACUUCAGAUUUGUGCCCACAACCAAAAAUCCCGGCAGUGCUUAUUUGACGAACAGCAUCUCGACCAGGAGUGUGAUACUUCUUAAUUGCAAAAUUUUGAUAAAUAGUUGUGAUCUUAUUUGUGUUUGUGAGCCCCUGGUUCUUUAUGAAGCACCGCCAACAAGAUUUAUGUUUUUAACUUUUAAAUCAACCAUUCAAAAUAAUUGGUUUGUACUACUACUGACUGUAUAAUGAUUGACUCCAUAGUUGUAAUUUUGAAUUGAAACAUCAUAACGUCAUACACAGGAGUUAACAUUUAACCAUUUAACCAGAGAUAGAGUGGUGCAAGAAAACAGAUCCAGUAGAAAGACAAAUGUGCAGCCAAAGUAGCGUCCUUUUUAAUUGUUGAUUUAUCGACCAUCUGUAAAAUAAAAGGCUGAUACAGAUAAUAAAGCAAUAAUCUGUCCACCCCCACUGUGAACUUAUUUAUGAUUCUUUAAAUUGUUUCAUGCUAGAAGUAUGUACACUGAUUAGAAAUGACAUCCAAAAACUGUACUUCUCAAACUGAAUUUUGUAAUUUUACAAGAUAUCUUUUUCAAAUCUUAAAUUGAAUUAGAAAACAGUGUAUUUGAUUCCCCCAGCUGAUAACCUGGUGUUGGCAUUUCGUUCAAAUAACUUUGUUGACGAAACUUUGACUUAACUAGGAUCAGAUAACUAGGAUCAGGCACCAGCUCUCUGCUUGCUCCAAUCUGACCCUGAGUUCACUGACAUGUUAGAAGCUCUGUUUGCCCAUCGUAGAUUACAGAGUUAGGUAACUUUGCAGAGCUCUCGGAUAACCUGGGAAAUAUUUCUAUGCUUAAACUGAAAAUGGCUGAUGUGGUCAGCAGUUUCGACAAAAAUUGACAUGAAUGAGUGAUGUGGACUGGGUCUACGUCAGCAGAGGAGCUUCAUAGUUCAGGAAUACCCCAAACUAAUGCAUGUACACUGCAAAACCGAAACCGUACAAUGUGUUUGUCUAAUUUCUAGUGAAAAAAGUUCAUAGAGACUGGCUUCACCUGACUUGUCAAUAGUUUACAUCUAAUUUCAGGAUAUUACAAGUGAAAGAUGAGGACUGAAGGGCUUUUGAUGGGUAAAAACUGUAUGGCAUGAAACAAAAUGCCGCAGUCAUCUCAAAAACCUUUUCAAAAUAAUUUUACAUCUUUGCCACUUAUCUGCACAUAAUCAAUUUAGUCCUUAGUUUUGGCUUGGUAUAUAUGGAGAGAAAGAGAGAGAUAGAGAGAGAGAUAGUGAGUGAGUGAGACUUGUCAGUUUUGAUAUUACGUGAUUGAAGUGUAAUGAGAUAUUUUGACUAGUAUUGAAUCUUUGGUGUUCUUGCUUUAUUAGCUUGACGAUUCGGCUGAAACAACAGUGUAGAGCUGACUGAAAAUACAUUUUAAAAAGACUAGAUUUAAAGCACAUUUAAUUAUACUUAGAUUUUCUUGAAAACUCCCUGCUGUCAUUGGUCUCACUGGUAAACUCCAGGUUCAUUCUUGGACCUGAAGCACUUCGUGUUUAUUUUCUCACUUUACCCUGAAGUGAGUCAAACACAAAAGGCGUCUCUCUAGCAGCUAAUCUAAAUCCUGGAUUAGGCUUGUACACGGCCAUGGGCGGUUCAUUAACAUUGUAUGGCUGUAUGGGAGAUGUAGAGAGUGAAGGUAAACAGAGCUGUGGAGAGUGUUUAUUUAAGCGUGGAACACGUCUCAGGAAUGUUCACUACACACAGCGUCACCCUCAAUGUGCUUAUCAUCCCGUGAACUGGUUUCCCAAGCUGCCCUGAUUGCACAGAGGUAAAACAUUGACAGUAUCAGGGCUCUGUCUUCUCAGGCAGGCUGUUAAAUAAUUCAGAUUCAGCCAUUCGAGGCAAUUAUAUUUAAUAUGUUUAAUUUAAUCGUAGGAGAUUUACAGAAUCAUGAAAAGCCCUGGCCCUACUGCGGAGGUGUUCUGGCUAGAUUAUGAUUGGACCUUAGCCAGAGUCAGAUCUGUGUAAAUGCAGUCCUUAAAGUGCUUUGACUCAUUCAGAAAGUAUCUGCACACAGAGAACUAGAGUCAGGAGUCUCCAGGACAACCUGAAAGGACAGUCUCUGCCCUUUAAAUCACUGUUUCAUAAAAUAUGAUGACUGCUACCUGCAGAUAUCUAGUGAAAAUAUGCUGAUAAAAAUCUGAAAAACAUCUAUCUCUGCAUAUGAAAAGAAACAUUAGGUUCAGGCUGCGGACUAACAUGGCUUUAGGCAAAUGUAUGCUUGCCGUGUUUGUGUUUGUUGACACUAUACAUGCUUGUUACCUCCUUACCUAAUUGCCUGUUUGGCACACUGUACAUGUAAAAUUAGAUCCUAUUAGUGUUUACGUAUAACCAUAAAACAGCAGGUUUACAUGUAGGUUUGUGAGUGUGUUUAUUAUCUAGAUGACAUAUUCAUAUUCAUGCUGUGAUUAAGUUUCUUCCUCAAAGCAGAUUUCAAAGAUGCAGAAAGUGGAAAUCUCAGAGAACUGAAGCUCUUGAGCUUCUGCACUAUCCUGCAUCUUGUGUUUGCUGGUAUAUAAAUAGCAACAAAAAAGAAAGGCCUGCCACAGUACACUGGAGUAUUUUAAAUGCUGCAUGGUAGGGCUUCCUCAUGAGAUUUUGUAGCAUUCAAAUCUUUGGACUUCUUAGUGUUAACAUAGGGAUGCACGGUAGUGGGUUUUUGCCAAUACCUCCUAACCAGAUAUCCCAAAAGCCAUUUUUGGCAGAUACAAAUCAAAGUCCAUCAUAAGCCUAUAAAAGCCAGCAUUUCCCACUGCUCUGAAGGUGGUUAUCCAGAGCAGUAAAUUCUGUGAUUCUGCUCCUUCACCUGCAGGUGGUCGCUGCCAUUUUUCUGAGCCAAAAGACUAAAGUAGAACCUGCUGACAGGUUUCUGCUUGUGCACAUGAUUUGUCAUUCCUGCUUUUCAGAAAUUCAUGAGGCCAUUCAGGAUGACAACUCCUGAGAUGCAUAAUUAAACUGGUAAUGUGGCAAGAGUGUUGUUUCACUCCUUCUAGUGCCACCGGUGUUUCACAGGCUUUGCAAAUAGCUAUUUUGCUGUCUGUGAGCAAGACUCGAAAAUACUUCCAUACCAGAGAUAGACUGAUCAAUCCAGCCAACUAGUGACAUAUUGACAUAAUUGGCAUCAUGUUGGCAUUGGCUCUGAGAAAAUGGAUAUUAUCGUUACCUUUUCCUGGUGAAAACACAUUUUUCUCAUUACCCCUUAACAGCAGAUCCAAUCUAAAACCAUCACCAGCAGACUCCGUGAGGGUGUGUAGAAUAAUGCAGUUAAGUACUGACAGCAGUAUCAGCUAUAUUCUGAAGUCUUUAGUAUAACCCAAUGUCUUGGUCUGCUGAAAAUGGUAGAACAUAUUGUCCAGUGUCUGCCAGCAGUUUCUCAUUAGAGGAGACAAGUUGACCGGCACCCUAAUGCACCUGCAAGUGACUCAUACUCAUAUGUAACUCAUACAGCCUCACCUCAAAAAUACUGAAAUAUCCCUGUUAGUUUUUGCCUGCUGUUACCAACAUUAUACCGUUAAAACUGGGCAUCCCAAAACUUAACCAGGGUCCUACAGCCAGUUUUAGAGGCAGCUGAAUAUUAACUCGAGGCUAAAAGGUCUGCUUCUUUCUCACUGUGUUAGUAAACCGUCAAGCUUUACCAGAUGCCACUUCUGCUGUGUCUUGCAGGUGUGCUUGUCUGACAUUAUCACACAUGCACCUUAGCACUGAUCUGGUUUUGUAAGGAAGCUGUCAUUAAACAUGGAGGCAUGCAUAGAGUUGCAGUUAGGAGACUGUAUAAUUGAGUGAUGCACCUAUGUAUCAGCUGAGCAUUAUCAUUGGCUGACACUUGCCAGUUGACAGACAUCAGCCCGCUGGGAAAUCUUUUACCAUGCACUCAUGUUGUUGCCAGUGUUCAGUAUUUCUCUCCAUUUGCAUUAGUUUGAUACUUGUAAGUUAGUCCGUUAACUGUUGAUUUGGGUAAAGGGGUUUUGUUGUAAAGCAAAAGUCACUUGUGGGAGAAGCUCUGAUUUAUUUGGUCAAUAACAUUUUUUACCCUGCUCAUGCCGUUCUUGGUUAAAGACAGCUGUAGGUUACCUGUGGCUGACAUUUAUGAGCAGCCUUUGCCAGUUUGGGGCCAGUGCAUGCUGCGGAGAGUAAGUCCAUAAAAUGCCAGGAGUUAAAUGUAGAAGUUCAAGUGUUUAGUGGUAGGAGAGGUCAAACUGAUGAGGAGAACCUGGCACACUCUGUAUUGUUCCCUUUAUUUCACACUUAGUGUGUUUUGUUUAAUACUAUGACAGGGGUCAGUGUGAGCUUAUCUCUGCUUGUCUUGACCUGGCUUGCUUCUUCCGAAUAUGCCUCUCCGAUAUGCACAACAGGAUCUGACCUUACCGCAGAGCAUGUCGCAUAUUGUAAAAAGCAUUUUUCCUUAUGCAGACUGCUGUGACUGAUAUGAACUGCCAGUGCCCUGAUUUGAGAAUCCAAGGAUUAAUUAAAACAUUAAAACUCACUCUGUUGCCAACGCAACGUUAUACAAACCCAUUUCCAAAAAACAUGGGACACUUUGUAAAAUGUCAAUAAAAAAGGAUUUAAUGGUUUGCAGAUAAUUAAAACCCUUCAUUUGCCUGAAAAUAAGCAGCUAGAAGAUGUCAAAUGUUAGAACUGACAGACAGGGUUAUUGUUUCAUAGAGGAGGAUGAGGCAUAUUUCCAAAAAGAAUUUUGUAUUUUUAUUCCUCUGAAUAUUACAAGUUUCCACUUCGGCUCAAGCUCAGAAAAGUUGAUAGUCUUUUUCUGUCAUCUUUAUAGUUUUAUCUCAAUGGUUUUAUCUUUACAUAGAAGGACUGGGCAAUAUGGCCUCCAAUCAAUAUCACAAUAUAUCGAGCAGUUCACCUCGAUAACGAUAACUAGACCAUAACUACUCCAAGAGCUGCUCACCCCCUCCCACAUUGACUUCAUCUACAACCGUCCUCCAUCUCCUCACCUGUCUUUCCCUCUUUAUUACGGACUGGAUGGGGUGGGGUCAUGUCUCUGGCAUGGACAGGGACAUGAGACCACAGCCUUCCCACACACAUCAAAAACCAACUUUUAAUUAUUUAUUUUUUGACACCCAAUAUAAUAUAUGGGCAAAAUGACGUUGUUUUUUGUUGUAAAUUUUGGUAUCUGUAAAUUUUCGGUUUAUCGCCUAGCCCUAGUAUAUGGUGCAGUUUUAACUUACACUGUGGAUCCAGCAACAAUCUGUGUUGAUAGACAAUGGUUUUGGGCCCAUACAGUGAUUUCCACAACAGAGUCAUACCCAUCAGGACCAAAGACCAUGGCCAUUCAGUAUUGGUUAUCAGCCUCAUCCCUGUCACACAGAGAUUUCUGGAGAGUCUCAGGAACUUUUAAUGAGAAUAUGUCCAGUAGAUGAUGAAAUCCACAAAUACUUUCUGCAAUCUGAUGCUGAGGAACAUUUUUCUGGGAUUGUUGAAUUAUUUGCAGUCUCAAACAGAGUGGUGAACCUCCUCCAAUCCUUUCUUCUGAGAGACUCUACCUUUCUGGGACAGCCGGUCAUGUUAGCCUGCUGUAAAUGAACUUGGUUAUGUGUGGUCCUUCUAGGUGUUUUAUAUGGUCCUCAUACGUGUUUUUUUUAGCAUUAUAAACCUUUUUCAGCAUUUUUUUGCCUCUGUCUUGACGCUACACUGCGCAUAAAAUGAGUAUACAUUUUUCACAACACUACAAACUUUUUCAGAUUGAACAUUCAGUGUUGAAUUUGUACUACUUUAAAUUCAUUUGUAAACCAUUACAAUCUGUUUUUGGCAACAUUUUACUCAGCGUCCAUUUUUUUGUGAGUGUUAAUCUAUAAUAACACUGACAGGAACAAAAAGAGGGAAACUGCUGACCCUGUUUGUCUCAGGAAGAGAAGAUAAUGCGAUGUUGGCAUGCAAGCAUAAAGGGAGAGACAUCAUCUUAAAUUGACUGUGGAUGAAAAUACUUCCUGACAUGCUUUAGCUGACAUGUGUGACUGAACAGACAGCUAAAUAAACAAGUAAAUCCAGUUCUCUCACACAACAAAUCAGCACCCUCAUGUAGCCCAGUUGGUUGAGUAGGUGCCCCACAUACCAUCUUCCUCACAUUGGUUGCAGGUUUGACUCUCGACUCUGAUUGUGUGAUGCACUUUACACUGCCUCUUCUCCAAAUGUUCUGUCUCUCAACAGCUGCACUGUCCAAUAGAAGCAAAAAGACUCAAAAAGAAAUGUAAAAGACCUUUACAGAGGGUGUCACACUCAGUUUACAUCUUGCACUGCGUCACCAGUUCUUUUCCUCAACAAAUGCUUUAAGAGACACAAGUAAAAAUACAACACGACGUGCCUUCAGCUGCAGGAAACAUCACAUGAUCACAUGAGUCAUCCUAUUAUUAGCAUGUGAGUAAGAACAUAUGUGGCACAUGCCAAGAAGAGUCGACAGGCACAAAGCUCACUGAUCAUGGUGAACGCUCCUGGCAGCUCAUGGAUGGCAUGGACUUGUUUUUUCCUGGCAUGCUUUAGUUCACAGAAACCCUGAGGGCCCCUGGCUGAUGCCAACACAGAGACAUACUCACUGAAUGUGUUUAUGGUGGAGAAGCUUAUACAAUUCUCUCAGUGUUGUUGAACCAUAUGUUGUGUGAACGACCAAAAGAGAGGGUGGGGGCUGAAAGCGUAGAGAUGUUUACAUGCUUUCCUCUGACGCCUUUGCAAUCACAAAUACGAUUUUUUUAAACCUGCUAGCAUGUAAAAAGGUAUCUCUGUUACCACUGAGCCCAACAAGAAAAGCUCACAUAUGAAAUUAAUCAAAUUUGUACUUCAGUGGGUUUUCUCUUUCUGCUCUCUGAGCUGAAAGAUUUUGAGAGAUGCGUCGAGAUGGUCAGUAAUGUAACAGCAAAGGAAGAUCACUUGGUUUUGCAGUUUAGAAGAGACAAAAGGCCAAAUUCGACGGGUCAUGACAACAACAUGGGAUAGCAACUGGAGGUGAGGUCAUGCUGUCAUCAGAGUAGAUAAGGGUCACAUUGAAUGGUGCCCAUCCUGUUCACUUGUACUUACCAACCUAGUAUCGCUAGGGACUAAAAGAAAGAUCAUUUGCUUUUUAGUUUACUCAUGUAUCUCUUUGGUGUUGCUGUUUCAAAGAAUUUUGAGUCUUCUUUUCAUGAAUGAAACCUAAAACUAAAGUUUGUCUUCUUCAGCAGAGUCUCAGUCUAACCUCAUUAAUAUUUUUAAAAUAGUCAACAAGCAACAGAGAGUUCCUGCUUGUACAUGACCUCUAUUGAAUCCAACUUCCACUCAAACUCAAUGAGGUGCAGCCCCAGACCUAAACCCCAGCUGUCCAUAAAGCCCAUAAGUCUAUUACCAUGGUGAUUGAUUGAUAGCUAUACAUCAGAAAGAAGAUUUUUGAUGGUCUAGAAUACUUGCAUAGCCACCAAAGUUGUUUGACAUUUAAAAGGGUAAAUGGUUAACAGACUAUAUUUAUGUAGCACUUUGUCCAGUGGUCUCUUGACUCCAAGUGCUUUCACCAAAUUCAGCCUCUGAAGCACCUUUAAUCUGGAAAUAUGGAAUUUGCUUGACUUCUGAAUCAUACCCAGACCUUUAAAAAAGUAUCAUAACUGGAAGCAAGUAAUUUAAGAUGUUCUUCUGAUGCUGAGGAGACACUAGAGAAAACACUAAAGUUCCUGUCCUCAGCCUUUUAAGUCAGAGCAGCUCACCAAUCCAAAAGGGUGUUUGAGUGCAGUCUAGUAUUUCUUCUGACUUAGCUUAGUGCUUGUUAUUUGAGUCACAGCAGGUGUCUGUGAUUAACAAACAAAGAGGUAACACCGUCUGUCAUGUGGGGUUGUAGCGAUACACUAAUUUCAAGAUAUUCAGCUCUGGAUACAAUAUUUAUCACAAUAUUCAGCUUACGAUACGAUAAUAAUCAAGAUAUUCAGCCAACAGCGUUACCUUUUCUGGGUGGUAACAUUUCAUGUGUGCUAGGUUGGUUGUAUUUCCAGAAUAUUUCACGUUUGUGUGACACAGCUUGCAAACAGCCAAACUUGUAUCUAAAACGACACUUUCCGUCUUCCUUUUAAAACCAAAGUGCUCCCACAAAUCUGCUUUUAAGUAGGAAUGCACCAAAAUAAAAAUUCUUGGCCGAAACCAAAAAUAAGAAAACCAUGGCUGAAAACCGAAAAUCUGAAAGAAUUUAUGAUGCCAAUUAUUGUAUAAAUUCAUAUUAAUUAAAAUUAAAUACUAAAUUAAUAUUAAUUUAUGUAUUUGCAACACAAGUUUUGAGUUUUUGAGUUAGCAGUAUGCCAGGCAGAACAAAGGGGAUUUUAAUGAGACUUAAUAUAUUUAUAAUCACGGCUGAAAAAUCGAUACUUUCUGGUAAAAAAUAUCAAUUUAUAUCCAAGAACUGAUCAAAUUGCUCAGCCCUAUUCACAUCACCGAUCACAAUGAGUAAAUAGAGUGUGAUAACAUUUUGGUUUGCACAGACAAGCUUAACUUCUCCUUUUCAACUCUACACUGUGAUUCAUAAAUCAUUGAGUCUUAAUGCUGCAUGUUUUUACCCACCAAGCAAAAAUCAAUUAUUUUCAGGAGAUACAUCUAAAUUGUUGGCUUUUUCCUUUGACUUUGAAUUGUUACUUCAGAAUGAUCCAGAUAAGUAAAUGAGUGUAUUGACUGGAGCUAUUAUUCCUGUCACUGUUGAAGGAGUAGCCAUGUAACAUCAAGUGAGUCAGCCAAGCUCUUCAGUCAUCUGUUGUUUGUCCUGUCUCCAUCAUAAACGCCCCUUUUUUUUAAACGAAUCUUCAUUUAUGCAUUUCAUUUAAAGGUUUUUUUUUCUCUCUCUCUGAUAAAAGAACUAAUGCAGUGGGCUUAAAUUGUUUUUAUCCCAAAUAAGCUGAGUAGCUGUCAGACACAUGGAGAUUUAUUUAGUGUGGAAAAAAGUGCAUCGGCCCCCUUUGAAGGGAACAGUUAUUUUUGCACCCAGUGAACAGAAACUGGGACAGGAGAGGAAAAAAAGGACGUUCACAUCUAACAUUAAAUGGGUCACCUUGAGUGGAGCGUUUGUCUAUGUGGUCCUAUCAGGAGCCAGGGAGGGAGGGGAUGCAUAUUUCCUGUCUGAGUGUUAAAGAUGUCAUCAUCCCCCUGAUAGAUGAUGGCUAUUUUAAGGCCAAUUCUUGUGAAACAGUCGUCCGGUCCUUCCCACCUGUUGAUGUCCUCUUUGUGACUGAACUUCUGGUCUUUUUCAGGGAACUAUUGUGAAUGAAAGGAACUACAAUAUAAUGCUGGGGGGCGAUGAUUAUUACAGAGUUGUCCCUCCUUCACAUGUGGGUUCCCACGUGAAGUCAGUGUUGACUUAUAUUUUAACUUUGUGCACCAAUAAAGCGUUUCUAUGUUCAGAAAAGGAUCAUCACUGUUUUCAUACCAAAGAGUUCUAGGGUGUUUUUUUGAAGAGGAACUAUCCAGUAAGGAGUCCCUUGAGAACCACACAUCAUUGAACUUUAUGUCCUUCUGCAUUCACACAACCCUGAUGUUAGCUGAUUGGAAACUUUAAGUGUCUCAAAUUGACUAAAGGUUGCUAAAGAAAUGCUGCUUGUGGCAAAAAACUAAAAAACAGGAAAGGCCUCGAGAUGGGAGUCUCUUAACCCUUUUCAGGGGCUUCCACCAGCAAACUGCAGCUCACAACGCUGCCUAAUGGAAGGUUCCAAAGGCCAGACUGUUUCAGACUGCAGAAUCCUUCAUACCUGCUUCACCAGUUUAUGAUGGUCUAUGGGUGGGGGAAAACGCCCAGGACAGAACACCAUUUGCUAUUUUUUCUGUCAGAUCACCUUUGGUUGUUGUGGUGCUUCUCUUAUUUGCAGUGUUGGUUGAGUGUCUUUGUCUUCUCAUGGUUCUGUUUUGCUGUGUGGUGGGUGCAUACUUUGAAGGAACAAUAAUCCACCUUAGGGAGAAUAUCACAAAUGAAAAAAGGAGUGAUUGACUUGAAAUUACAGCAACUUGAGCACAUUUACUUGAAACUGUGUCCAGUUUUUCCAUUUUUACUUUCUGUCAUAUACCCCCUGGAGUAGCUCUGCGUACCCCGAUGAGUACUCAUACCCCCAGUUGAGAACCAUUGGCUUAAAGGAACAUUGGCCCUAAGCAAAACUUGCCAACCCCCUGUGUUCUUAGAGAAUCACACUUUAGUUGCAACUGUACUUGGAUGGUUUUAUUGUUUUUAAGUCUACCACCAACAGGGACACCAACAACUUUACAAUUAUUUGCCAUGGUUGGCGUGAACUCAAAGAAAAAGGAAUCAGAACUACAAAUGUGUACAAAAAUCUAAUUUCCUUUGAAAAGUAAUGUUUUCGUGAGCUUCUGUCUCACAUUGUCACUCUGUAAGCCAAGUGUUGCUACUUUACCAAAGUGGUGCAGCCUUAACUUGAAAAACAAGGACACAACCAAUGUCAGCAGUGUAUGGUGGUGGGAGUCAAUGCCAUACUGUGUAUCUCUUAUGUGCCCCACAAGCAAAAACACAUCAUCUAACCCGAUCCUCCUGCGCACAAUGUAGAGGAUGUGGUUUGAUGGGCUAUGAUUGUCUUCCUGCUGAUGCCUGGUGACUGACCCACUCUGCUGCUCUGACGACCUCACUGUGCCUUCAGAUGGAAUCACAAGACCUCCAUUUUAUUUCAGAGUCAGCAGGUGGUAGCUGCUGUCCUUACUGGCAGAAGCAUCGUCUGUCACCAGGCUGGCAUGGCAGACAUCACAGGACAGCUUCUUCGAAGUCCUUUAAACAACAAAUCCUGAAAUUGUGUGUGGACCAAUUAAUAAUGAAGUAAUAAUUAAUAAGGCAUGAUCAAAUUAAGAUACUUAACCACAAGUUUAAGUGGUAGAAAACUAGUGACAUCGAACAAGUCUCAAAUGUGAAAACAUUUUCAAUAUUUGAUCAAAACUCUUAUUGCACAGAGGGAACAGCAGCAGAUCCACUGUCCGAUGCCAGGCAUACCUGAAUGCACUUGUCUAAGCCCUAAUCUUGAAGGAAUUCUCUCAUGUGGAACCUGGUUUAGCAACGAGCUGCUCAGAAACGUCUUCUUCACCACCUUCGGCCAUGUUUGUUUGUUAUCCUGCUCCAUGUGGGCUAUGGCUGGGUGUCUGUCUCUGGCACUGAAGUCAUCAACUUGCAUUUAUCACAUUUAUUGUGAGAUGGCAAAUAUUUAUUGUGCAGGAUUUUUCUGACGAUAUAUCGUGAACAAUAAUUUAUCGCCCAUCCCUAGCGGGCACUUGAUAAGGAAGGCUGCUAAGCCACCAUAACCCACCAGGCUGGCACUCCAUGCACAUACAAUGUUGCAUUAUGUGCUAUCGCCCAUACCCAGGUGCCAAAAGCUUGAUACACCGUGGUUUUGCGACAAUCCGAAAUGGGCACUGUGAAGCCUGACUUUGACUGUAUACUGUGGCGCUAUUUAUUGCCCAGUGCUAAAUUACAAUAUAGGGAUUCAUGAUCAACAGAUUUCAAAGGCUGAGCAAACAAAAGAGAAAACAUUUUUUAAUGUUCCACCCAAACAUGCAGUACUUUGUUGCCUUACAUGUUUCCAUUUUGUCUGUUGGGUGAAGGCUCAGGAUUGAUAACCAUGCUUUACCACCAUAAAGUCAGCAGUCAUCUGCCUUCAAAUUAAUUGGUGCCAGUUGAGUGGUGAAAAAUAUCCAAACUGGAUUAAUUUUUUAUUUUUAUUUUAAGUCAUGUUUACGGGCUUUGUUGCCAUUGGUAGCCUACAUAAGACAGCUGAAGAAAGACAAGACAGCUGCAACAAGGACUGUGGCCUCUGUACAUGGUGCAUUACAUCACACUGCUGUAAUCAAUGAUAACUUACUGUAAUUUUAGGGUAAAUCUGAGUAAACCUUCUUUGUGUUCAUACAGCAGGAAAAGAACAGAGUGAAGUCUCUGUGUAACUUGUUAUUUACAGCUAAUCUGCCGCUUGAGAAGCAGAUAAAUUGGUGCUCUCUGUGGGGAUGCUGUGGACCAAAAAUGAUGGAAUUAAUUUUUUGUCUGGAGGGAAACUUCUAUUCACUUUUGAUCUGGAUGCACUGUUGCUUUUAAACUUGCUCAUUAGACUGUAAACAAUGCAACACCAACCUCUGGCUACACUGCAGCGCCUUAAAACUUAGCUAUCCCUCCCAGAGACAUUUGUCAAUGCCAGAUGGUCGCCUCUAAGAAUCUUCUUUGAGAUAGCAGUUUUGUUUUUGCUAAUGUAGAAAGUGAUAAGAAGUGAUUGGUGACAUAACAUGUUUUUGGAGAGUUUCUUCAGAUGCUCUUUCAGCCUUGCUAUUUAGAGACAUCACCAUGCAGCGGGCCAGACACCCCAUCCUGUUCUCUUUGUAUCUCAUGAUGUGGUUUUUUGUUUUAACCUCUUCAACACAGCACUUCAGGGUCAUUUGUAACCCCAGUAGGAUGUGUUUCACAGCUAUUAAGAUUCAUAUUUCAACAAAAAACAUGUAAAACUCUUGCAGGGAAGCGCUUAGUUCCUAGCGAAUGACUUUUCCUGCUUUUGCCUCUAAGUCUUUAAUAACCACAGGGGUUUCGGCCCGUGACUUCAGGGGUCUUUUUGUUGCUGCCACGUUGAACAUCACCUGGAGUCUCUCUGAAUUAAAGUGCUGGUUCAGCAGCCUGCUGUUGAGAAAUGCUCAGUGGGCCAUUAAAGAAAGUGCUGUGAGUAUGUUUUAAGAAAUCAGCUGAGGAAAACUUGGAGAUGAAAAAAGAAUCUGCUGUCUCUUUUUUGAGGUAAUAUCCCGUCUCACCCUGACUGAACUCUCUGUUGUCUUUGCACUCUCAGCGUUCAUCAUCCUGGAGAUCCACCAGGCUGUUAUUAACAACUUUCACAGCCAAGCAGCAGCUCAUGUCUGAUCUCCUUAUUUGGAUCAUGAGAGACAGAACUGUGGAGCUAAGCGGUUUGAUCAUGUCAUGCUCUAUACAAACACAAGUCUUUGACACUUAAUUGAUGCUCUUAGUGGCAUGGGGUUUCAAAGUUUGGCAGCAUCCACGUCAAAGAGGAUGAAAAGUUUGAGAGCGUGAUGCACGAUGAGGAAUGUUACACAGCAGUGGUAUGACUGCAUCCUCCUCUGACUAAUUGUCUCUUAGAAACACUUGAUGACUCUUUAAUCAAGAUUAUGACAAUGAAUAAGUUAGAAGUUAAUUUCCAGUGGGUGAUAUUUACAUAGUUACAAAACAGAUUUAUCGGGUGCUGCUUUGGAGAUUUUACCUAUGACAGGAAAGAUAUUGAAGCAGAAAUGAUCACAGAUAUUUUUAGAUGAACACCUGCAGUACAAUUACUCGUGUCUUGAUGUAUCUCUGUGAGGAGACAUGAUAUUGGGGUUUUACUAAUUUCCAACAUGCCAUUAUUUUCAGACUCAUUUAAAAACAGCAGCAUUUAAAAACAGCUUUUUUUCACAUUAAAGACCACAAAGUUUCUCCUGUCAUAGAUAUCUGUUACUCUAAUGUGAAGGUCUUCUGGUUAAUAUUACAGACAUUCAGAUGUGCAGCUGCUGUCUGUUUUUAAAGCUUAAAAUAUCUAUGCAGGGAGUAGUUUGGUUUAUGUUAGCUGUCAUUUUAAUCCCAAAAUACAUAUUUGAGCAUAAAAUAUAUUUGCAGAAAUGUUCAUAUCAAUGGAAACCAAUAACAAGCCCUCUAAACCCUUAUUAUCUGCCUAUUACACUAAUGUUAUGCAAUAGUCUGAUAUGAUAGCAAAGAUUACAAACUUUAUGAAUGAAUAAAGGCAGGCUCUUGAUUAUUGGCUGUGGCAGUUUCAUAUUUCUGAAAUGGGAUAUGAAAAUAUUGAAGAUAACUUACUGAUGCGUUCACAAUGAUAAUUCACCACCAUUCAAACGUCAUGUGCAGUUAGACCAUGACAACAUCACAGGCAGGCUUCAUGCAAUUUGCUCUUUUCUUUUGGUUUGAUUGUUCUGACUGAGAUUACUGCAGCAACUCCAUUCCUGCCCACAGCAGCACUUCCACUCCUAUUGGUAGAGGCUAUUUAGGCUGUAUCAAAUUGCUCUUUAUGCUUCAUAUUUGUAUUCAUUUAUUAAAAUUAAAAAAAUAAUAUGUAGAAAUAGCUGACAGAGAUUGUGUUGUAGCCGAGCAGAAACCUCCAGUCUUGAGGAAAAACGGCCAAUACAUGUUAUAAACUGCAGUUCCCAGAGUGUCCACUUGGGGCUGUCUACAGAAGCCCUAGAAACCAUGAACACACAUGAUUGUCAUGGCAAUAAUAAGGAUGUUUACACCCUGGUUAAAAACGGCAACACUACUUCUACAUGCAUGCAUAGGACAGGAUGAGCAAAGGCAUUAUUUGCCAGUUUACUUAACUAGGGGUAGCCAAAGUCAACACAGUCUUAAAGGUCCUCACAGGAACUCAAGGAGACUCAACAUUGACUUUCUUAAUCAAAUCUAAAUAUAACUCCAUGUUAGUUUGGCCUCUUUUUGUUUCCCCAGACUUCAACCAAAGUUUACUUCCCUGCUUCCACAUGGUAACGGGAAAACAUCUAGUCAAAGCACAUCAUCUAUGGAGUAUCCUUAGUGUCUUAGUUUGAAUAAAUUGGACACUAUCGUUAUUGCUGUGUCUCAGAUGUUGUCAAGAAUGGAGUUGGAGGGAAACCUGCUGAGCAAAUUAUAUGAUGGGAUCAUUAUAGAACCACCCUGAGCUUUUUUGCUGUGAUGGAGCUGUUUCCACUGACACUGUUUUUUUUGUGUGUUUGCAGCCCUCAUAACCUCAAUUCAUCUGCAUUACUCACUGGCACUCUCUGGAGCUAGUUACGAGCAUUAUCCUAUGACACUUCUGCUUCUCCAAGAAGUCACCUUUGAGUCUGUUUUAAAUUGCUCUGUAUGCAUUAUAUUUGUAUCAGUUUUAUGAAACUUUAAAAAGAACACAAGAUAAUUGAUAGAAAUUGUGUUGUAGCAUCAGCAGCAGUUCUAAACCUAGAAAUUGUACCAUGAAAAUAUAAUGAGGGUUAGUUUUUUCUCCCACAUACAGACCUCUUCCAUUGUUCCCACCCCUUCUUGUGAUUGGUCAGCAAAAGACAAGCGACUAUAGAAUCUACAUCAGCUGACACUGCAGUAACUUUUACUCUGAGGAUGGUUAGUUUUGUAUAAAAAGGUGUAGCCAGUGUCAAAAAACCUGCGUUGGCCUGUGUUUAAUCAAAAAGGUGUAAAUAUAAUUGUCCAAGUUUGGCUUUCUCACACUAACAGUCCUCACAGUCCAUCGCCACUUGGGAUUUCCUGCAGAGCUUAAAAUAGACUGCAACACAAAAAGGUUGAGAGCAGCUGGUGUUGGUAUAACAUAAACAUAUACGCAUAAUUAAAAACUGCCAGCCCAUCCAAAUAAAGCAGAGAUCAGUGGGUAGUGUGUUAUUAUUGUUUUUAUACUCUUGUGUUUUUACCCAGACUGGGACUUUUUCUGUGGUUUGUACUUGAAGCAGAAGUAACCUAAACCGAUUUAAAUGUUUGAUAAAGUGUUCGGGGAAUUGGAGCAAGUAAUUUGAGCAGGUUCACUACGGUCACUGAAGUUGUGAAGUUUGUUCGGUAUUUUAGAUAAUAAUUGGUGAAAGAGGAAUGAUUUGGGUGCUUUAGUGAGGUCCCCCGUUUUGCUCCUUUUUAUAGCUCUGAGAAGCAAAUCUGUGAGCAUUGUGCCAUCAAAUACGUCUGCAUACUCUGUGUUUGGAUCAUGGUUGCUAUUACUUAUUACUAUCAUGGUUCAUUUUGUAUUAACUGCUGUGAUGAGCAAAGCAAACAUUUAGUACGAAGGUUUUCAUAGGGAAACUUAAAAAGCCCAGGUGAUGACAUAUUGCUUUCUGUGAUAAAGGAAGGACCAGCAAGCAACAAACACAAAAUAAAAUAAGUUAGAAUUUUUCAAUGUGAAGAUUUGUUCAGUUUUAGUUUAUACUGGUCAUGGAGGACACCAACACUGAGACCAAUAUGUCAUCUGAGUUUCAAGUGGGAAGAAAUUUUAUCUGUAAUGGCAAAUGGGGAAACUGCAUUUAGCAAGGCUGUAACAUUCCUAAUUUUUACUAAUUUAAACAUCAAUGGAAGUUUAUUUUGGAUCCAUUUCAUGUCGUGUUUGUUGAUGUUCAUUUUAGGUACCAAAGCAAAUUUAAUGCAAAGAAAACAAGGAAAAAAUCAGGCAGACGUAUCUGUCCAGUUCUGUAAUAAAUCAAAUCAUGUCACUCCAGAUGGCUUACUUGCCUGCCUACUAAAAUACCUACUUACCUGUGUGCACACUGCUCAUGCACUCCUUGAGCAUUGAUGAAAUCUUGCAUGAGUACAGGAUAAUAUAUUGUGAGUAGGUAGUUUUGAGAACUGAAGUUUGGAUAAGGUAAGCAAGACCCCUGAAGGGAUUUAACCUAUCCAUGAUCCAAAAUACAAAGACUAAAAAGUCGACAUGAACCCAAACGAUAAAAGUUUCAGGUCUGAAAUAACAAAAAGCAUUUCUCUUUUUUUAUAUGUGGGGUACAUGUUGGAAAGUUGCAGAGACUUUCUGGAUUUCCUCUUCUUACACUCAGGAGAAAGUUUGCAGGAUUACCUCAACAAUGAGUCAGAUUUACAGUACACACCUACAAAGGUGUACUGUAGCUGCUGCUGCUGUGGUUUAAUUCUCUUUGUGAGUGAACAAUAUUUAGACAUAUAACAGCUUAUUUAAUCUAAAGCCUGCAGCAGAACGUCUCCCUCCACUCACUCUGCUGUGUGUGUGUGUAUGUGUGUGUAGUGAUGCUCAUGUAGCUGACCCCGCUGUGAGUCAUCUUGUGUUUCUCGGCGCUGGGAGGAGGGCUUGCUGUUCACUGGCGUCCAUGUUGGAGUGGUGCGAUGCCGCCUUUGGCUUUCUGAAGGGGGUGGGAAACUGGAGCACAGCUCUGAGCCAUAUAGGCAGAAAUACCAGGCCUAAGUAGGACAUGUCGAGAAACGGGGCUAGUGCCGGGGCGGCGUCUCUCUCUGAGAACUUCAUGGAGGGAUAAUGAGAAGUGUCUGAAACAGUGACUCAGUGGUGAUUAGGUCUGAAUUUCUUUGUUUGCUACAUGUGCUCCUGCUGAUAACUACUACUGCCACCCAUGCCUUUUAACCGUUUACAGGAUCUUUUAUGCAGAUGUAUUUCCAAAGCUGUACUCCCAUCCAGGUGUCCUUGACCCAUUUGCACCAAAACCCAUCAAUGAAUCAGUCAGGUGGAGUAGUUAUGUGAGUUCUUUGUGCAAGUGACCCAGUAUUAAAGGGAAAUUCUGUUCAAGGCUGCAACUAACUGUGGUAGUCAAUUUGACAGUCGAUUUAUAAUUGAAACAAUUAUUCAGCAAUCUAGAUAAUAAAUUACACAUUUACUUAAAAGCUCUAUUAAGGUAUGUCCUUUUAAAUAUAACACGCAAUUAAUUCUUUAAUUGAAUAAGCUUUUUGUCUUAGCUCGGGAUAUUGUAAUAUAGAUAAUUUUUGUCUUUUUGUGGAGUGUGGUAACCUUGGUGACAAAGUAAGAGUUUGUAAGACAUUGUUAGUAAGAGAAAAGGAAGCAAGAGAUGAGAAGGAGAGAGACAGAAAAAGACUCGAAGGAAAAAGUUUAAACCAUUUAAACAGAAUUUUGAAUCCUAACUAACCAACUUGUCCAAAGGUAAGAAGCAAUUGUAAAAAACAUUCAACAAUGAGCACACUAUGCAUAAAGCACAUCUAAAUAUUUGAUCACAGGUGUUGCAAAGUGUGGCUAACAAUAGCAGAGCUAGCACCACCAGCCUUUGAUCCUCCUUGCAGACGUUCCAUGUACCUGUGCUGGUUACAUUUUGCUCCUGUCCAUCGUCUGCUCCUCUCACACUCAAACAUUACCUUUGUUUUACCCACAGACUGUAUAUAGAAUGAAAAGCGUCUGCCUCCUCGCUGGGUGAAGCCACUUCUAGGAACAGCACCCUCUGGUGACAGGCUGCAGUAUAGGUCAUAAAUCCCGCCUCCACCAGCAAAGCUUAUAGGGCUGUGGACAAUCUUUAGAAAUUUAUUACACAGAAUAUAAAUUUUUCUCCCCCCCUGGUUGCGAUGUUGACAUGUAGUUACUGUCGGUUGGUUUGUGCUCCAGUCCUCUUUUUUCUGUACAGCUCCGUUUUUAAAAGUUAUUAGGGGGUUCAUGUUUUCUAUGAUUGACACCUGAUACAGCCUAUGGGCAUCCAAGGAUUGCGUAGCUCACCUGGGGGAUACGCUGUUUGAGCCGAGCGUCAUCACAGCGACUCUCUGUGACUCUCCCGCCGAAUGUGCACAAUGCUACUGCGCAAAUGGUGGAGUGCAUACAUUGCUACUGGGCAAUGUUGGUUUCAGGAAAUGGAGAGAAAACGCGGAAAUACCGAGAGCUUUUUGGCUUCAAAUCCAUAUACUGGUGGAAGGCGGAACCAAGUUGUCCAUAGUAUAUACAGUCUAUGGUUUUACCUCAAUAAGCUGGGUCUGCUUUACAAAUUUUUCAAACCUGUUAUUUGCAGUUAAGUCAGAAUCAGCUGGAAACGAGCAGGGUGAAGUCUCUGUACAGUUAAAUUGAGACUCAGCAAAGACAGAUAAAUGGGCAUUCCGCCCCUCCAGGGAAUGUUAGGGACAAGAAAUGAUGGUAUUUAUUUGAUCUGUGGGGGGUAAAUUUCUCUUUACUUUUUAUGUGAACACACUGUCUCUAUUCUGGUUGUCAGGUGGACUGACAACAAUGCAGUACAUGCUGUUUUGCUUACAGCUGGCACACAAUACCCGAGAAGCUGGCAAUUAUUCUCAGAGGUAUAUGACAAAGCAAGAUUACAGCCUCUAAAGUUGUUUUUCUGAGGUUGCAGUUUUGCUGGCUCAUACAAAAAGUGAUGAGCAAUGAUCAGCAAAAUACCAUGUUUUUGUGGAGUUUUUAAGAUUUUGUUUUGUAAAGAUGAGAUGCAUGGAUGUAGAAGUGAACUACUUUUGGCUUUGUUAUUUAAAGAUGGCUCUGUGCAGCAGGCCAAACAUCUGUUUCCGUUCUCUUAGUAUCUAAUCGUAUCUUUUUUGUUACAACCUCUUAGAAAGAACAUUUAUCCCAGUGUACCAUCAUCAUAAGUCAAGUCUGCUUUACAAAGUUUGCAGAGUAUCCUUUUUCUCUGCAGCGAUGAGGAUGAAAGUUCACAAUCUGAGGAAGUUUUUGGAGACAGUUGUUUUUCAUCAGCAGCUGCCAUUGUGCUAUGUAUUGUCCAUCUGUUACUUCCUAGUCACUGUUUUGCAUGUGCAGCUUGAGGGAUCCAGGGGUGCAGCCCUAGAAAAAUGUUAUCAGAGGAGAUGCAGCUUCCCACGUUCUGAUGCAUUUUAACAUGUUUCGAUCCUUUUGUUCAGCUGUAGCACAAAAUACAUAUUGAUCAUCCUUUUGACCAAAAAAUGUCACUGAUGCUUCAUUUCCUUGAGCACAUAAUUCAGAGUAAUGUGUGAACAUCUUUCAACACAAUACCCACGCUGACGCUUUAAGUCUUAUACAACCUCGUAAGUAACUGCAAAAAACAAACAAACAAAAAACAAUAAAGAAAUAACUUUUUGUGGUUUAUGGUUUUUAGUCCAUCAGUUGUUCAGAAAUUCAGAAACUUUUUAUGAUUGCUCUUGAAUUGUAUUGUAUUGUAUUAUUUUGGCUUGGAAACAGACCUGGGUACUUAUUUUGUACCACAAACUGUAAAAAGUGUGGGGUUUGCCAAAUAAAAUUCCUUGAAUCCUUAUAUCAGGACAAAUGUCACUCCAAGUGUGAAAAACUCAGAGGAAGUCUCAAAAUAGCCCAGGGAUAUGUUAAUUCUAGGUGCAAAUGGGGCCGCAAUCGUCAGAGUGCUUGGGGUGGUAAAAGCAACAAAGAUAACAGUCAUAGUGUACCGUUCAUGUUUCUCUCUGCUGUCAUUUAAACUCAAGUACUAACCUGUUGGAUACAUUUCUCACUGUUUGUUUUGUGUGUUUUUAUUGCAGGAUACAAAUGAAAUUGUGGCCAUUAAGAAAUUCAAGGACAGUGAAGGUAAUAAUCCUUAUUACAGAACUAGAAGUCUAGAAAGUCUAGAAAUAAUGUUGGGAGUAGAGACCAGGAGUAGACCUAGCUGAGAAAUUGAACCAGCUUGUUAGUUAUGUUUGUACUUACAGCACUGAGCCAAAGCAGCCCCCAGUGAAAGAACAGCUCUGAUCAUCAAACACUGAGCUGUCUUUACCUUUACCUUUACCUUUGAUGAAGUCACUACAUAUUAGCAUGCAUGUGAUUCUCCCUUUGUCUCUAUGCAGAAAAUGAAGAGGUCAAAGAAACGACACUACGGGAGCUUAAGAUGCUCCGCACACUCAAGCAAGAGAACAUAGUGGAGUUAAAGGAGGCCUUUCGAAGACGAGGGAAGCUUUACCUGGUGUUUGAAUAUGUGGAGAAGGUUUGUUCCUUUGCUCCGCGCCGUUCUUUGACAAGAUAUAACACCAUUAAAAAGUUACAGUCAUCUAGUGUGGUGGCUAUCUUGUUUGCUCCUCUCAUUGUCUUUGUUGUCUUCUUCAGAACAUGCUCGAGCUGCUGGAGGAGUUACCCAAUGGUGUGCCAACUGAGAAAGCUCGCAGCUACAUCUAUCAGCUAAUCAAAGCCAUUCACUGGUGUCAUAAGCACGACAUAGUUCAUCGAGGUAAGGGCUCUAUUUAUUUUUUAUUUUUCAUUUUUUUUAGGGCAAAAAUGUAAACACUGUGAGGAGAGACUGUUUCUCAGCCUUCCAACUUGUGCAGGAAACACACUGCAACUUUUAGCUGCAUACAAAGACAGAUCACAAUUCUCCAUCUCUUCCUGUUGUAAAAAAAAGUAAAACCAAAGCACUCCUUUAGAUGGUUGCUGACUCUGGCAUUCAGAGCCAUGUUGAGUUUUUGCAGAAGCUGGUGAAGCCACACCCCCCCUCUUCUUUAGGUAAUGAAACUGAUGAAUAAUAGAAAAACAUUAUAAAUCCUUCAGUGUUCAUGUAGGAGGUUGGAUCUGUAUUUUAGUCUUUAAUUUCUUUAAAGGGAUAUUCCGGCGCAAAAUUAAUUUAGGGUCAAACACACUGCAACACUAAAUUAGACACCCCCUCGAGAGAUGAAUGUUGCCAGCCACUUGAUUCUCUAGUUACCAACUUGAUUCUCUAGUUACCAACUUUAAUAACAACCGCAGGAUAGCAAUACACAGCGGUCUGAGGAGCCAUAAACAAACCUCAACCAAAACUCCGCUCUAUAGCCACAAAUAUUGUCUGUAGCGAGACCUCAGGCCAGUCCAUUACGGACUGCUGCAGGGUGACGUAGCUCAAGGAGGAACAUUUAUGAUCAUUUCUUCAUGGAAAUGCAAUGUUUGGUGGCUAGUACUAUGGCUGGGACCCUGUAUGUACUGUUGAUGAAGUUAGGUGCUGUUCUGAGCAUUAUUAGUGGCUGUAGAGUGGCUUUUUGGUUGAGGUUUGCGCGUGGAGACAUAGGCCGUUGUGUAUUGCUAUUGUGCGGUCAUUACUAAAGUUGGUAUCACUAGAGAAGCAAGCAGUUGGCAACAUUAAUCUCUCGAGGGGGUGUAUAACUCUGUGUUACGGGUUGUUUGACCCUAAAUUAAUUUUACACCGGAAUAUCCCUUUAACAUGUUUGUGCUAAGGCAAGAGCCACAACUUUACAACAGUGGGUGAUGGUACUGGAGGGUCUUGCAGUCUAGAUCUUGAGAAAAACACUUUUAAAAAAAAGUGGUCACCAGAACCAGCAAAAUAUAAAACCCCUCACAGUGCCUUUAAAUUAAACUGUUAUGAUGAUACAGUUGAAUGAUAAUGUUAUAUCUAAAGCUGCCAGUUCCUGUUAAACAAAGCCACUCUUUUGUAAAGUGAACCUGAUGCAGCUCCACAGAGCAUUUACACCUGCUCCCUGUUUUCUAUUUUAAUUUUAGAGAUAUGAAACAAACGCUUCACAAUCUCAGUGUUAAAAGGCACAAAUUUGAAUCUUAUUGCUCUUACUUAAUGUAACAAGGGCUUUAAAUUUUCCCCUCCAUUGUUCACAAGAUGUGAGCUCUGGGGCAAAUCAGUGGCAGCAGAGCAGGAAACCAGAUGGUCCAUGUGAGCUCCUGGCGAACUGAUGCAACAGAGCGGGCAUCCAAAUGGCCUGUGGUCUGCCCAGACUCGCAUAUGGGGAAGGGGAUAUGUAUAAGUUAUAGUUCACAAUCUGUGAAUUUCUUUGUUUGAUUCCACCUUUCUUUUUGUGCUGCUUUUACUGAAUUAUAAGAACUGUGAAACAUUGAAAUCUACUGAAUGAGACAGCUGACAGUUUGAUGGUAGUGAUGAUGUAACGAUGAUGCCCCCUCAUCAGCUUAUGUGGUGUCUUACUGCCCAUCUGUCUUCUUCCUCCUCAGAUAUUAAGCCAGAAAACCUUCUAAUCAGCUCGGAUGACGUCCUCAAGUUAUGUGACUUCGGUGAGCAGAUCUAUCUAGCGCUUGCGCUCUGAGAGCUUCGAGGAAGGUGGCCAAACAGUCAAAGCUGUGAUGUAAAAGGAGUAUUUUCAACAGAGACUAUAUUUGGCUGGAACCAGUGCUUCUGAGGGGCAGCAGGCAGGCUUCAUCCGGUUCUCUAGAGCUGUGUGUGCAGCCCUCCUCUCUGGUUCUCAGCAGGCGGAUGCAGUGCAUUCUUCCCCUCGUCUCAAUUAAUGAAACGUGUUGGAAAACAAGGGGCUGAUCAUGCUUUGAUUCAAUCUGGUAGCACUACAACAAAACGGGAAACAUGGCAUAGCCAGCGUCAUGUAGGCAAUCUGGAGUGAGAGACUAAAGACCUGCUGUUUGCUCGAUGUCAGCCAAAGGCACAGAGAGAACAAACAUAGGCUAAACACACCCUGCUGGGAAGGUUUUUAUUUGAAACUUUGUCUCACUCUGCGUUUACUUUCAGUUUGUGUUGUUUUGAUUUUAAGUGGCAGGUAGAGACGUAUCUGAACUCUCAAUAUAGAUGCAGCAGCUCUGAUAAAAUUAUUGCUCUAGGUUAAAUGAGACGAGAAAUUCUUCCUUUAUAAGGUAGAAAUGGUUGAAUAAGAGAGACAUCUUUCCCUCUAAUGGUUAAUAUUUCAUGGAGUUCAGUUAGAAAAGUGGUGCUAUGUUGCAUUUAAAACAAAAAGUUUUGCAGAUUUUCUCUUUUGCCUGGAUUUUUACAAGUUUUAUGGUGUGGCUAUGACGCCCCAAGCAGGAGGUAGAAAGGGAAGCUUAGCAUAAAAUAAAAGGACAGGUAGCAUUACUCAGUCCAUUGUUAACGAAUCCACCUUCCAAUUAAUUAAGGGCUUAAAUUUUUAUCAAAAAGAUUAUCUGUUCAGGUGCUUCUCAACAACCAGAACUUAAGUCACUUCUAUUUUAAAAAGGUAAACUUUCAUAUUUCCAUCAGAUGACAAGUGAAAAAUUUGAAGCCUUUUUUGUUGUUGUUUUAUCCUCAAUGAUUAAGGCUUAAUAGCAGUAAGUGUGUCACCAACAGGUUAACCCAAUCAGCUCAGCACCUUUGUUGACAAAUCUGCUGAGAACUGGAGAGGAAGCUAGACUGUCAACUGCAACACGUAGCUCAACCCUACCACACAAUUCAUUUAUUUGAAGAAAUUCUGAUGUAAGCGUUAAUGUUAGAAGAAAUCUGCGCUUUACUUUGCAGAAAGUUUUAUCUCUUUAUUCACAACCACAGCACUGCCUAUAGCACACUGGUACGCUGUUCUGGUGUAUGAUGUAUAAGUCACUUUUAUUUUGCAAAUUUUGAUAUUUCAGUAAUAUCUGUAGACUUCAUGAUUUUAGUGCAUUUUUAUAUAAAAAAAAUGUAUCAUGCUCUUUAUGGGUUGUAUCAGUAUGUAUUUAAAAAAAGAAAGAUGAACACUUUGAAGACACUCUUCUGUUCAGAUUUUCAGAUUUAAUGACUAAAAAAUUGAAUAAAGGGGGUUCAAUAGCAUUCAGCGUUCAUUGAGGCAGGAACUCUGUACGAUGGUGCAUGAGGCAGACUGCAGCUGUAUGUGAGCCGCUGGUGUCCUCUGAUUCAGAAAGGGUGCUAAAGAGCUGUUGAUACCAACAACUCAGCCUUCAUAAAGUUGAUUAAUUUACUGCUUAAUAUUUUUACUCUUCCUGUCAGCUCCCCCCAGGGACUUCAGGCCGCGGUGGAAAAGCAGGAACAAAGGGUCAAGGGAACUAUUUAGUUCUUAAAAAAAUGUCCCCAAAAUUAAAAGUUUCAGGUACUUUUGGUCACACAUUAAGUCCCACUCUUGACAGCAGGAGCUGUCUAAGUUUAUGGGCUCCCAGUUUAUCCAUCUGCACCUCCAUGUAACAUAUGCUCUCCAGUUAGCUCAGAAGUUUUUUCCUCUCACCACAGUUAAUGGCUUGUCAGAAACGCUUAUUUUUUUCUGUUUGGUUGGUUUUUGUUUCUUUGAAGCCAGGAGACCCAAAUAGCUGAUCAAUGUUGCAGGCAUAGGAACGGGUGUGCGGUGAGCUUCAGAAUUAUGUAAAAAUCAAUGGGCUCUCUGAUAGUAAAAUGCAUAAAACCUUCUGAAUAUAAUUUUGACCAACAUUAUUAAGUGUUUGGGUGAAACUUUUUAAAAAUCAGCUGGAGUUGAUAGACCAGAUUCCCCCUACUGAAUAUAUCAAUCUUGUCAUUUAACACUAAAUAGUAAAUACCCAAUCUAUCCUGACUAUCCUAAUAUGACCUUUUCAGUAUUUCUCAGUGAACAUGUCAUGUUCAUACAGAGGCAGUGACAGGAAAUCAGGAUUUUUAGUCAUGAGUCCAUCCAUCCAUCUGCAUUUUCUACCGCUUAUUCCCAUUAGGGGUCGCGGGGGGGCUGGAGCCUAUCCCAGCAUCUUAGGGCGAAGGCAGGGGACACCCUGGACAAGUCGCCAGUUCAUCGCAGGGCUGACAUAUAGAGACGAACAACCAUCCGCUGUCAAUUACCUUACAUGUUGAGCAAUAUCAAGCAUAUACCUGGUACUACAUUUACAGGUCCAGUGCGUCAGCAGAAGACUCAUUUCUUCUCUAUAAGAGCAGCCUUCCCCCUAACUCCACCACUUUAUAACUUACUCUGCUGGUUCAUAAUGAGCGUCCACAGAGGAGCCGCCUGGAAUUAUUUUCAGGUGUCUCAGCAUGUGGAGCACAUCAAAAAACUUCUCAUUAUAAGAUUAUUGCUUCCCUGUCUUCUCUUUCAAGGCUUUGCACGUAAUCUCUCUGAGGGGACUGAUGCCAAUUACACCGAGUAUGUGGCCACUAGAUGGUACCGCUCUCCGGAGCUCUUGCUCGGGUACGUCUGCAGCUUUUUUACUUUGUCCACGGGUUCAUUUACACUGACAUGUACCUUUUCUCAUGCCUGACCUGACCUUAAGUUUGUCCCCCCAGAGCUCCGUACGGGAAGGCGGUGGACAUGUGGUCAGUGGGCUGCAUCCUAGGAGAGCUGAGUGACGGACAACCUCUGUUUCCAGGAGAGAGUGAGAUCGAUCAGCUCUUCACCAUCCAGAAAGUGUUGGGACCCCUCCCACCUGAGCAGAUGAAGCUGUUUUAUAACAACCCUCGAUUCCACGGGCUGCGGGUAACACGCUCUUUACUCAAACUCUUUCUAUGGCUCUUUCUGCUAACCCUAAUGUCUGCAUACCUCUCCUUCUUUUUCUUUUAUCAUCAUUCAGGGAAGCAAGGACACAGUAAACUCACAGUACAUUCAUAGACUGUGUUUGGAUGUGAAUAAAAAAAAUGUUCCACAUCAGAUCCAGGUCCAUCUAGGUCCAAAAUGCUGUUGUGUUUGACUAAAUAAUGCUGUGAUUAUCUCUGUCUCUGUGACAUUCAGUUGUUCUUCUGUCCCAUAGAAAAGACCAGUGCAUAUCAGAGACUGUUCAGAUCCACUUUUUCUAAAAUGAAGUUAAUGUCUCAUGAAUUAGGUUUCAUAAAUUGAUAUAGUGUGAUUUUUAUUCUAAGUAAAGGCUGUAUCCGUGAUCAGCUGACCUUCAUAGUCCGAAUCAGAAGCUAGGCUUACAGUUCCAGCAGAGUAAUGAACGUAACACUCGUAACCUGGAUGAACCUUCUCUUAUUCUCUUCCAGAAGAUCCACAGAAACCGAUAAGGUAAUCAACAAAGAAUUGGAUAGAUAAGCAGGGCAAAUAAUGGCAUCAGUAUGAGUAAAAUCUUAUCGCUUCCCCUCCAGACAGUGUGUGAUCAUGGAUGUAUUCUCUGAUUGGUCCAACAUGCUGCCAUAUUGGAAAUCGGAAAACCGUCCCUGAAAUAAGCAAUAAGUUGGAGAUGAUAUGAGCUUUUAGCCUUCAGGAAAAUAGACACAACUCCCCAAUCUGUCUUUGACCCUGACUAUUCUAAUCAUGCGUAACUCUUAGAUUUAUGUUGUCUUGUUGGAUUUGUUAUAAAAAAAAUAACUCUUAUCACAGUGUGUAGAAACAGAGAAAUGAGCAGUUUGGGUUGUAACUGUACUUUGAUCAGGCUGUACAAAUAAAUAUUUCUGUUGUAAAAUUUGCCAUUUUAACAUGGAACCUAACAAGGUUUCUUUAGCUUUUGGAGCUGAUCAGUGAGCUGCUGAGGGAAACCUGUAAGACACACCUCCAACAUGACAUCAGUGAACAUAAAGGGCUUUAUUUUCGUGCGCGCCAGUGAGGCGACGGAGGGUGGCGGACCCCCCGCAGUUGUAUUUUCGUCUGGCGGAGCCCGGUGUACAGCCAGUUUGGUAUUUUCGUGGACUGAGGCGCACGGAGGCGAGCCGAGAUCCGCCAAGCUGGGCGUGGUGGCGUGGCAGGGGGGAGGUGUCGACAGAAUCAGCGGACGCAGUGACAUUUUCGUGCUCACCAGUGGCGUGUAAAGUGCGCUGAAAGCUUGCCGAUUCAAACCUGGUCAGCUUUCAGCGCAGGCGGAGCGCAGCUGGUCUAGUAGUAUUUUGGUAGAUCGGCGGCAUAUCGGCAUACGCCGAUGCCUCACCGGCAGGUUUCCACAGUGUCAGGCACAUUUCAGUGCAAUAAAUAAUCAUCAACAACUAAUAAUCUGAGUCAGCACAUACAUUUAGAUCUAUAUCGAUAUAUUCUGAUCUAUAUCUGCUCUGAUGAGCGCGUUUGGCACGCGUUUGGACACACAACCUGACCGAAUCAACACAGCUGAAACCGCAUUAAAUUAAAUUAAAUUUAAUAUCUAGUAAAUAAACACACGAUGAAGUGAACUAGAUAUGUAAUUCGUCUCCCUCCUUUUCUUUCUUCCUCUUUUAUUUCUCGCACAGCUCGACCUGGACACGUCUCUGUGUCCUCUCUCCGUCCUGCUGCAGCUAUGGCUGAACAGAUGAUUUGUUUCAAUGCUCAGAUGAGUUAUCUACUUUAAGCCGACAUACGGAUAUUAUAAUAUUCAGUUUUGUGAGCCAAAUUUAUUUUAUAUGCCAACAUCUAUGAAAGAAAGAGCCAGGCCACGGAGCACGAUGCGUCAUUUACGCACAGAUGGUUCCAAUUUUAAUGCCAUUUUUGGAGUUAAUGUUGUGAUCUGUGCGCACAACCCACCUUUGUCACGUGAGGUUUGAAUAUAUGCAACUUUAUGUGAGUGUCUUUAUUUGUGGAAAAGGGUGUUUGUCUUACCAGUGGGUCCAACAUUACACACACCAAAUCCAUCUGUGCUCAUAUGAGAGAGUGUGGAGGACGCCCAAUGCAGCGCUUACAGUGACACUUGUUGAGGAGCUGCCUUCUGUCGCCAUCUUGUGGCAUUACUGUCUUCAGACAUCUCUUGAUCUCUUUGACUACUUCACGAAAAUAGUAAUACGCCUCGCCUGUGGCAGAUUUAAAGGCGAGGAAUGGAGCUUAUGUGAUUGGUGAAAACAGGUCUCGGCUGUGUUAAACCCACUCCCCGCCCUCUCUCCUCCCUCGCAACGACUUACGCCGCUUGGAGGAGCUGAGUUAGGGAGGGGGGAUACUUACGCCGGGCUGCACUGCUCACCAAAAUACCAAAUUGUGCUUGGGAACUCCUUGUCGGCGCGGCGGACCUGACUUACGCCGCACCUGCGGCACGUCUCCGGCGAGGCACGAAAAUAGAGCCCAAAGUGACACCACAGGGGCGUCACCAUAGACUGUGUAUAGAACGGACGCGGUCUGCCUCCUCGCUAGUUGAAGCCACUGUGAGAACAGCACCUUCUGGUGACGGGCUGCAGUAUAGGUCAUAAAUCCCGCCUCCUCCAGCAAUCCUUAUGGAGCUCUAGACAAACUUUAGAAAUUAAUUACACAUAAUAUAAUUUUUUCUCUACCCUGGUUGUGAUGUUGACAUGUAGUUACUGUAAGACUGGUUUGUGCUCAAGUCCUCUCUUUUCUGUGUAGUUCCAUUUGUUAAAGUUAUUCGGGGUUUAUGUUUUCUAUGAUUGACACCUAAUACAGCCUAUGGGCAUACAAGGAUUGCGUAGCUCUCCCGGGGGAUAUGUUGUUUGAGCCGAGUGUCAUCACAGCGACUGUCCCGCCGAAUGUGUACAACGCUACUGCGCACUUGGUGGUUCCAAAAAGUGGAGAUAAUCCCGGAACUACUGAGAGCAAUUAGCCUUCAAAAUUGUACAGAUUUGAUAACAAGUUGGUUUUAAUUUUGAAAGGAAGCAAAAGAUACCUUUGCUGGAUUGGAGUGAUUAAAGUGUUAAUUUUAGUCUCAUUUUAGUCUGUGGUAAUUUUAGUCAGUGAUAUUUUUAAUCAGUGUUUAUUUUUAGUCUUGACUGAGUCUAAAUCAAGACUAUAAAUACACACAGACUGAAAUGAGGCUAAAACUAACACUGACUGGAAUAUUUGAAGGAUUAUUAAGAGAAGGAAAUGUUGUAUGUACCCUAUUAAAAAUGCAUAAGCAUAUACAUUAUCUUAACCUUGUCUGUCACUUUUGUCUUUAGGUCUCAAAUGCACUUUUCACUCCUGCUCUCCUUUGUAGGAAGCCCUGCCAGAGAAUUUUCUUAAGUUGCUUGUUAAAAUGUUUUCACACUUCACAGCAUCAAGUCUCCCCUAUCUUUAAAACUGCAUUGUAAGCUUGGGGAACAGGAUAUGAUAACAAAGCAUGCUGAUCCUAUCAUCCUACUUAUUCUGCCCCACGGGUUUGUGCUUGUCCAGUUAUGUUUUAUUUUUCCGGGUUUGCAAAUGCUCCAUGAUAGAAACAUCAUCACCAACUCAUUGGGGGGAUUUUUUUUUCCACUCUUUUCAGCUGCACUCUCACAUCAGCUCAUACUGUUUUUCUUGCAGAAAUUUUACUAAUGGGGCUGACAGAAAACUUUGAAUAAAGUUUAAGGAAAAAAUAAUAAUCUAUUUGAGUAUGUGCAGCUUACCCCAAAAUUUCUCAGAAGAUAUCGGGAGUUUGGUGCACAUAUGAAAAUAGCUUCUGGUACCAGCAGAGCAAGAGUGAAGACACUGCUCUAUACUACGAUUACUCAAGUGAAACAGACAGACAGUUGUUUAUUGAUGACAGAUGGACGUCUUCUUGUGUCAGUAAGAAAACUAAAAACUAAAAAUGUUGCCCAGGUUUCAUCUAUGUGUGGGAAACACUAGUGGUGCAUCAUCAACUGUAAAAUCUUUACCCCUGCACACCUCUAUUCAGCUCCUAACCUAAGAGGAGCAGAAAUGUCCAUCUGGAGGAGUGGAAGGCAGUUUCCACUCUGUGUUGUUUUUAAGGCUGCUGAUAUACAUUCUUCAUGUGCUCUGAUUUCUGACUGUCUCACAAGGUUCAGUCACAUCUCAACUUUCUACCAUCACUCCCGUCUUGAUCUUCUCCCCAGAUCUGCCUCCCCUCGUUAAUUUUCUCUCUCCUCUCUGUCUCUCUGUCUUAUUUUUUUUUUCUUUUUUUUUCUGCUGGCUGAGUUUGCUUUGCCGUGACUGAUUGGAUGACAAUGAGUCAUCCUGUAUUAUGUAUCCUGUAUGCUCUGUGAAGGAAGGCUGUGAUAAAUCUGCUGUGGCAGCCUGGUGGUACAACAGACCAGGGUCGUCUUUUCCUUCUCCUGUCUGCCCACGCCUCGGGAUAUAGAUACUAAUUGCCACUAUUGUUAAUACCUGACAGUGAAUACCCGCUGAUUAGUACCCUGUCUGAUAAUGCGGCAUUUAUAAAUUUAGGACACUUGGGGAAUAAAAAUUUGUUAAUGUCUGUCGAGAAAUUUUGUUCAGUGAAGCCUAAAAUCCUGCCUUCAUGCCUGAACUGCUGUUUUUUCCCCCUCUACAGUUGGGCAGAAAUUUUUAUUCCUGCUGUAAUUUUAAUAAGAGAGCAUCACCCCGUCAUUGUAUUUCACUAAUCACUGGACGUUCAUGUCUACGCCCCCUUCUCACAGCCAAAUAAUUUUACUAACAGCAGAAAAGAACAUGAGAGUGGAGAUUGGUGUGUGAAAGAACCACACAGGCUGUUUUUUUAUUGAAAUAUUAAUGCAUCAGAGCAGCAAGAAACCACACAACACUUGUGAGUGAGUGAGCACAGGAUGUUUGAUGGUUGUUUUAUCACAUUGGCCACCUACGGUGUGCUUUCUGCAACGCUUGGAAAUGUGUGAUAGAAAAAGAACAGCUUCUGGACAUUUUUUUUCUCUCUUGGCAAACAGCAGAUUCACAAUAGUCAGAAGAAGAAUUUUGUCAGAAAGAGAGGUUGACACAAGAAGAUUGGAUGUGGAGGAAAGCACAUACAAAAAUGAUCUCCGGUUUGAAAGAUGUCAUUUCAGUAGCGGCAUUCGCAGGGAAGCGUUUCAUGGAAGACUGAUCGUAAAAGUCAAAUAUUAUGAAAUUUCUCACCAGAGCAACAUUUUUAUCCCUUUUCCUGUCAAAUAACAAAUCUACCACUGGCAAUCUUGACUCCUUGGUCACACUAACCUGUCCUGUCUUCUUUUCAUAAGCUCAAAAUAUAUCAAAAAUAGAUUUAGCAGGUGCUGUCGGACUCUUGACUCACACCUCUGUUUCAUCCACUCUGGAUUAUUAAAACUCCCCCCACUUGUGCCUCAGUAAAGAUGGUCAUUAUCAUUUACAUUUUUUUUUUUCAAAAUGCAGCUUCCAGGUUAAUGACUAGAGCUCAUUGAUGGUCCCAUAUUUUCCUUUAACUCACUUUCAACCAUGGGCUCUCUGCAUGUCCAAAAUACUCUGGACUGAACUCAUCCAUGUCAUCAGACCUAAUUUUAAAUCUUUCCACAUGUCCUGUGUUGUCUUACUUUCUUUGUUUUAUGGAGUGACUUGUUUGCAUUUUUAUUUUUGUUUAUUGGUUCCUGUUCAUAUCAGAAUGUCAAAGUGAUGAUGCCCAAAAAAACUGCAGUUCCUCAAACAUCCACUUGAGGCUGGCUGCAAGAGUCCAGCAAACCCCAUCAGAGCCCUACUAAUAUCAUUACCAGAACAUUUUAUGGUCAGGAUAAUAGAGGUGGGACUCACUAGUGGUCCCACGAUAUGAUAUUAUCACGAUACUUGGGCCACGAUACAAUAUUAUUGCGAUUUUUAACAUUUUUGCAAUACAGUGAGUAUUGUGAUACAACAUAUUGCUAUUUAUACAUUUUUUCAACUGUUUUUCUUAUGUUGACUUAUUUAAGCUGUAUUUUAUUUUCAUGCAGCACAUCUUACAAACCUUAUAUAUAUAUUUGUUGUACUUUCUCCUGCUCUAUGACGUCACCUCUGCCAACCUCACUGGACAGACAGUUGAUUUUAUUUUUCCAUUAUCAUAGAUUUGACUUCAUUUUAGCAAAUAAUUUGAAAAAAUCCAUACUUGGUCAAUGAGACGAUACGAUAUAUCACCAGACAAAAUAUAGUGAUACUAUGCUGUAUCGAUUUUUUCUUCCACCCCUACCGGAUAAUCAUGAGGUGAAAUUCACUGACAUCAUGAUAGCACUAUGGUGAAUACCAAUCUUCAGUCUUCUGAACCCACAGUUGAAGUCCAAGUCCGUAGUGCAUGUUGCAAAAUGUGCUUUUUGAAUAUUUUAUACUUUUUUCUUGCCAUCACAUGUGCUUAAUAUUCUAUGAUCUCUGAUAAGAUCACUUUAUGAAUUCUAAGAGAGAAAACUGUGACAUUAAAAAAGAGAUAAAACUUGGAAAGUCCACUGCAGACAACAUAGGGUACUAACAGCAUACACAGAUAUUCCAGGAUUAAAACUUCCAACACAGUUUUUCCUUAGUGAUGAUUUAUUGUUAUUUUUUGUAAUCAUGUACACUAUUUCCCUCUGGAACUUGUCUUGCUGUGUUUUUUGGCUGUACUCUAAUCCUCUGAAUGUUUCUUCUUUCAGUUCCCUGCUGUGAACCACCCCCAGACCCUGGAGCGAAGAUACCUGGGCAUCAUCGGUGGAGGCCUGCUGGACCUGCUAAAGGUAUGAGCUGGCUGAGCAGCUCUGCAGCAAGGAUGUUUUUUUUUUUUUUUACAUCCACCUUUUUAUCGGGUGCAGUUUAUUCUUGCUUACUCACUAUGAUCACAAGAUUCUCUGUCACCACAAAAACAGCUUUUUUCACAAACUAGGCAUGUGAUAAUCACAUCAUUUUUGCGUGUGUUUACGUCGUGACUGUACGCUGCCUCUUCACUGCUUCAGCAUCUCCCAGCUCAUAUCCCGGCUCCAGCACUGCUGUUAUUGCUGCGUCUGCACUGUAAACAGGAGCUCCAUGUCAAGAAUGUGGGCUGUGCUGGUGCACUUGCGCUUUUCUCUGUAGAUAAUGACUCACUGCUAACAUAAUGUCAUCUCAGGACUGAAUUCUGCAAGGACAGGCAUGUCUCUCGUUACUACUCAGGCCUUUGGAGUCCAGUUUAGAGAUUCAUGAUGUAAAAAUGUAUGGUAGAUGCUAAUGCAAACCUGGACUUCAUGCAAAGAGUGAAAUUUUGUCUUAUUAGUCAUGGUUAAUGUGGAAGUGGAAGCAGCAGUUUUAGUUAUAUGAUGUCAGAGUUCACAGGUUACCUGUAGUUCACGUAUCUGAAUGUGUCCUCAUAGGAUUCAGAGCUCACUAGAGUCUAUAGAGACAGGUCAUUAAACAUUUCUAUCCAAGCCAAUGUAACACAUCCAAUUUCACAUUAUUUUUUGGCUUGUUCGGUGACUGUAAGACACAAUUAAAUGAAGCAGCAGCCUGACUUUUAUGUUAAUGGCAGUGAGUCAUGACAGCACGACAGUUUCAGUGUGUUUUAGAGGUCUGCAUGUUCUGGGUUUCUCACGGGCUCCCUCUGUGUGUUUCGUGCUGCAGAACCUGCUGCUACUGAACCCGACAGAACGCUUUCUCACCGAGCAAAGCCUGAACCACCACGCCUUCCAGACCCUGCGGCUGGUGGAUCGGCCUGGCCCACCCACACCUACACCUGUCCGCUCCUCCAAGAGAAAACCUCACCAUGGAGACAACACCACCCCCAGCAGGUCAGAGUGGACAUUGCAGCCUGUUAAAGCGUGUCACAGUCUCCCUGUGGCUUACAUGUACAAUUUAAUGUGUUUUUUGUUCUUAUGCAAAUGCAGCCAGUUGUUUUCAGUCCACAGCCCCCCGAGGACUAUUAUCUGCAUGAUGAGCUGCAGUCACUGUGUGGUGACAUUUCUGCACAAUGUGCUGCUCUUUAAUGGAGGAUAGCAGGCAUUUCUACUGAGCAUGGUUCUGCAACAAAUUGAUCAAAAUGUAAUAUGAUUAUCAACAAGAAAACACAAAAGACAUUAGGGGCAUGAAAGCACAAACUGAAACUGAGUAAAGCACUUAAUGGCAUACAUACCAUAUCUACAUACCAGCUAGGAUUUUUUUUGUCUGUUGCAUAAUCAUAAAAAACAAGGCCUGCAGUGAUUCUGCUUCACUGCCAUUCAUUAAAAUGAUUAAGUGAACAACAGAAUUUUUGUUUUUUGUUUUUUGCAGUGAACUACAGUAGCCUUCAUUUGUAUGUUUUUGUGACUGUGAGACAAUUUUAUGAACUGCAGAUGUUCCACAAAAAGUUUAAUUCUGUAACCCCACAAAAUGUUUAAUAGACAUGAUGUUGUAUUGCAGGGCUCUGCUUGGGUAUAUAGAGACAGAGAUUUUCAUUUCUUUUUUAUUUUAUUUGUUCUGUCCAUGGCAGUGUGCAAAGUUUUGCACAAAAUCGAAUUAAGACAUUAAACAUUUUGCACACAUCUAAUUUCUAAAAGGCAUCAGGAAGACCUUUCAUUUAUUUAAAGUGUAUUUAAGUGAGCUUCUUUUCCCCCAGGUCAGUCAUACAUUUUAAGAUUCAGAGGGUCACAUUGUCAGCACAUUAAAUACGCUGUCAAUGCAGACUUAUAUAUGUAUAUGUAUAUGUAUAUACUUAUAAAUGCCAAUAUUGAUCCCUGGGGGACACCAAAGACCUGUUACAGAGUAGCACCAUGUUUUUUUUAAUAGAAAAACAUAAAAAAUACUAAGUUGAAAUGCUGACUGUCGAAGCUAAACAUGGGUUAAGUUUUGAACGGCUGUUCAAGGGGGACACUGUAUUUUACCAAAUUGUGGUAUAACUAUUUAGUAAAAAGAGCGUGAUAAAUACAAGUUUAGUUUAGUUUAGUUUAGUUUAGUUUAGUUUAGUUUAGUUUAGUUUAGUUUAAGUUAGGUUAAGUUAGGUUAGGGAAGGUAGGGGUUUGGUUUGGUUUAGUUUAAUUUAGUUUAGUUUAGUCUCAUUUGGUUUAGUUUAGUUUAGUUUAGUUUAGUUUAGUUUAGUUUAAGUUAGGUUAAGUUAGGUUAGGGAAGUUAGGGGUUUGGUUUGGUUUGGUUUAGUUUAAUUUAGUAAAGUUUAGUCUCAUUUGGUUUAGUUUAGUUUAGUUUAGUUUAGUCUCAUUUGGUUUAGUUUAGUUUAGUUUAGUUUAGUUUAGUUUAGUCUCGUUUGGUUUGGUUUGGUUUGGUUUAUUUUGUUUCUUUUUUUUUUGUUUUUUUUGGUUUAGUUGUUUGCACCAUAUUUUAAGGGAAACACGAUCAAUGUAUAAUUUAUAAUACAGUGCAGGGAGGGAAGGAAAGCCUGGGGGCUUAUACAAAGUCCUCUCCCAUCUGAAAUGAACAUUGAUGGCGAAUUACAGAGUUGGGGGUAAAAACAGCAAAUGAUAGAAUACAAUUAAACACUGAAUAAACAGAAACAUACUACUUUGGUUUCUGUUGGUGGGGAUGUUUUUUGUCAGGGUCAAAUUUGGGUUAGGGUUGGUUAAUUUGCCAUUUUAAAUAGAGAACCAGUGGUUUAACUUAGCGACUACACAACUAAAGCAACUACAACCUCAGCAUAACAGCAUGGCAGCAGUGGAGAAGGCUGCCAGAGUGUGAGGGGGGCUGAAAGUAAUAGAGGCUGACAUGAAACAUUUUAGACACAGGCUAAAAUAAGGGUGUUUUAAAAGACACAGAUCUGAGAUAAGUAAUAAAUUUUUCUGAGUACUAUUUACAGCUACUAAAAUCUACCAGAAGGAUGACUUAAAGCUUGUAAUAAUAAAAAAAACAGAACAUAUAAAGGGGAUAAUUCAUGAAGAAUGGACUGCAGCCACUAAUAGCAUCACAUAUCUGCUCUCUCUGACGGUCCAGUUCACAAAGCAUAUUUACUUUGAUAUUCAACCAUCAACAUAUAAAUACAGUUUUGCAACUCCAUGCAGUUUGCUCUUAUAUCUGAUCGUAAAGCCAUGUUUUUGUCUGAGUCCAAUAUGUCCAAACGUAAGAAAAGGUGCCUGCAUGUGCCAGGGACAGCCCCGGAUUAAAAUAAUAAUUGUAAUGUCAAAGUAAAACUAACUGACAGUUGUGUUCCAGAUAAAAAAACAGAUUGCUGUCAAAAUCCCUGGAAUAUAAAAUUGUCAUGAAACUGAACAGUCUUUAGAUUGAAUGUUUGACAUCUCCUGUUCUAUCAUUUCUACUCUUGCUCAGGAGCCAUGGAGGGAAGAGCUCAGGCGGCCACCGCUCCAGCAGCAGAGAGUGCUCCAGUUUGCCCCGGCAUGACGAUGUCCUCCCCAGCAACGAGGCCUUCCUCAACGGCAACAUGCCUGCAGCCAUCAACCUCAGUCCAACCCUGCACCCGAAGAACUACCAGCCGCAGAUCUACAACCACUCCACCUCCUGCAACAUGGACCUGGCCAGCAGCAACCUGCCUCACCUGCUCAGCCCCGGAGAAGCCAAGGGCAAGGGGGAUUUCGAGAUAACCAUGGGGUCCAAAGUGUCCGACGGCCCUGGAGCUAAGUACCUCAAAUCCAACUUCCGCUCACAGCAGAACCGCCAUUCUUUUGUGGAGGGGAAGACCAACACGCUUCAGUCAGGGGACAAACACAGUCGACACAGCUACAUGGAGUCUCACAGCUCCAACCCCUCCAAGUUUGCUUACCUGAACUUGUCUAAGAGCUACGGCACACUAAGUGACGCCAAAUCAGUGGGGAACUUAAAUGAUGUGCAUCUCUAUGCCGAUGAGCCCACAUCUCGCUAUUUUCCCUCUAGCUGCCUGGACCUCACCGCCCCGGGCAGCCCAGCUGCCCGCCGGAUGGACAGACUAGGACCUGGUGGGAUUAGCAGAGGAAGCAUGCGCUCAGACAGAGAGAGCAACACUCUGGACUCGUCUUAUAGGCGCUCCUCCACCCGUCAUAAGUCCUCAGAGGAGGCCAAGUCACCAGAUACCCUUGAGCCAGGGGAGGGUGGCAUCGAAAGGAGCCACUCUCACUCCCUGUCUGCCCCACAUGACCCUCUAUCCUACGGUCAGGGGUACACAAGUCCCUUCUCCUCCCAGCAGCGGCCACACCGCCACUCCAUGUACGUACGGAGGGAUCAGAGGACACAUGGGGCAGAUGAGGGGCUGGUAGUCGGGCAAGGCGGGCCUACCAGAGCCAGCAGUCUUCAGCUCCUGUCCCCACAACUGCAGCACCGUACACUGCCUCGCCACUCUGGGGGCUCCUCCAGAGAAGAAGACAUGAGUAGGGUCAGUCCUCAGCCCGUAUCAAACCUUUCUGAGUUUAAGGAAAGCCUUUAUGAUCUAAUCGUACCAAAUGCCUACACCAGGCUGUGUUGGAUAACUCUGCCUCAGUCUCAGUUUGUACAGCAGGGUUUUUUUUUUUUCUGGUGGCAUCUGAAAAUAUCACGAUGUGUGUUUCAGUCUUCAGCCAGCUCUUAUCAGCUAGUUUCCCAUCUUUGCAGAGAUAUCAAGACGAGCAUUCGAGCUUCUUCUUCUUAAUCCUCAGGUGUUAAAAGUGUGUUUCUCCUGUUAGAAAAGGAUGUUACCUGUAUGGUCAAGUAUACUGUGCACAUGUAGCCUUAACGGUUUGCUUUGCUUGUGUGUACUUGUAAAUGUGCGCUGCAGAGCUGAGCUCACGUCAUGCUUCAAUCAUGUCUCCAUUAACAGAGUGACCAGGCACCCACUGAGGUCACCCACAGCAGACCCCCAAUAAGGGACUCUACAAGGGACAACACCGCAUCUUUUCACUCACAGCGGAAAAAAAGCGAGGUCCGACAUUCUGCCUGCACCCACCAUUCCCCACCCACAUCCGCACUCUCGGUAGACUGGAUGUGGGUGGAUGCUGCUGUCAUGAACUGCUCUCUCUAUCUCUCUCUUUCUGUCUCUGCGCAUCAGAUGCCUCUUCAUUUUCUCUGUGUGCUUUGCUUGCCUUUAAUGUGACUGCCUACGAUAGCACAGACGAGCUUGUCACUCGAGCAGUUAAGAAAGUAUAUUUAGCUUUCAAAGAUGUUGUCUUAUUGAAAUGACAAAGAGUAAAUCAAUACACCUUCCUUCUAUCGGGUACUAUAUAUAAAUAUAAUCUCAGAUAGAAAGGCAUGAAAGGCAGCCGGCCUUUGGUUUUUUUAUGUGACCUGGUCUUCUGUUGUGACUCAGGUUGGUUUGUAUCAUGACCAGCAAACAGAAGAUGGAGGUUCAUCGAAAGAGAACCGAAACAUCUACAGUGAAUCCAUGCCUCGGAGGGUGGGCAGCUUCUACAGAGGUUGGUUUAGUCACACUGAUUUCUCUUUCUUUCACUGUGCUGUGCAAUCUAUGUUAAAGAAGCAAACACUUGACUGCGUUUACUGCAGUGCACAACAUCAUACAUAUCUGACAAACCGUACACGUUCAUUCACCUGGGCCUGCUAAAAGUGAAUACAGGUGGAUUUUCAGAGACAUUAUUUAAUUUAUGAAGUUACUUAUAACGUAAACUCUACUACAUUUUUGUCCCAGAUAUCAUCAUUGAUGGUCAACUGUUUUAGGAACCCUCCAGAGAAAAUUAGGGUCCUUAUUUCAUGCUAAAUCUGUAGCCAUGUUUGCACAAUGGUGCCUGUCUCAAACAUGUUUGCAGUGUCAAUCAGAUCAUGUUUACCUGGCAUGAUCUGAUGUUAGUAUGUUUAAUCAGAUAAUUACCGCAGCACUGAGGGUCAAUGACACAUAUAUUUCAGGAAGGUCACAAAAAAAAAUCAUUAAAUACAAAAACAUUUGACAACAUAUUUCACAUACAAACAUGACAAACUGGUUAACAACAAAAAACAACAACAAUGAGACAGAUAUACCCGGUUUGUUGUAGUGAACGGGUUGUGUAAAAUAAGUCUAGAGGUAAAAAGCUGAAAAAAGAGAUCACAAAAAUAAAAGACAAGCAGCUAAGAUUGGGUUAAUUAUACAAACCCUUAAUUGUUAUGGCUAUUUACCACCAAAUGCACAGAUUUUGGUGGUUUAAUUGGAGUGGUUGAUAUGCCUUCAUGGUCGUAAGAUGUAAGGAUGAAAAUCAUCCUGAUAGGUGCUAAAAUGUGGAAAUACAGCACUGCCCAUUGAAAAACCCUGACUGGUCAAUACAAAGUAACAAAGUAACAGUACAAAGCAGAAUGCCAUGGAUAAAUAGACAUACAAAUAACAGGUAUAAUGAUGAAAUAAAUUACUCAAACUCUUUGAGAGGGGCAUUGGCCUUAAGAUGUGACCACAAUAUUGUUAAUCCAUUACACUGAAUAACUGGCAUAACAGUACUAUAGUACAUCAGGACACUAUGACAUAUUACUUACAAAAGAAAUCACUAUCAAAUUGAUAUAAAGAAUGAAAAACAGACCAGGCAAAAAUGAAGAAAUGCAAAAAUGUUUUGGUUAAAGCUGAACAAGCAAAACUGAAGUCCAGUGCAGCCUCCUAACUGCAGGAAGUACAACACUGGUGUAAAUGUAGUAUGUGAGCGUGCUAGUAUAUUCUCUGUGGCUCAGUCAUGAGUGGAGCUGAGGAUUGUUUUCAGUUGUGCAUAGGUGAUGGACAAACAAAACCUUUGACCUCAAAUAUAGGCACUAAAGACUUGUUUUUGAGUGUUAUAAGUCAAAAGGUGGGAGCAUCAUAGAUGAAAACACACCCCAUUACUUUAAAACUAUUUCAUUUUUGAGUGGUGGCCUGGAUGUUUGGUGAUACCAUUCCUACCACCAUGAAAAUACAGUAUUUGUUGUGUUUGUUGAACAGUCCCUUCUCCCCGGCCAGACAACUCCUUCCACGACAGCAGAGGUCAGAGCCGAGGCUCUGGAGACGGCCCGGGUCUGACCAACCACUCCAAACGUCAGCCGGCAUUUGAUCCCUGGUAAUUUAUGUUCUGCUCACCACAACAGAGCAGAAUUUAUUUUGUUUUACACCAUAAAUACAUCUUAUAACUAAAGCUAACUUGACAACAACAUAAAUUUGCUUGUUGUACAUUAGUGUUUGAAACAGAUUUGACAUGACAGCUAAAAUCGUGUCUUUAUUAAAGCUUGACUCCACUUGUUUUAUUUCCAGGACUGGCCCAGACACUGUAGUGCUGAACUCCUCUGAACCGUCCAAAGAGAAGGAGAAGCAGGGUUUCUUCAGAGCAAUAAAGAAGAAGAAGAAAAAAUCUCAAAUGGUAACUUGCAUUCAGAAUUAUCCAUGUGUGGAUGCUCUGUUUUUCCUGCAAACUGUACGUCUAUACCUGUCUGUCCUCCCUCUGUAUCCCCUCCUCUUGAUGCUCUGUCCUUACUCAAACCUUUACACAGAAGUAAAAUCAUGUUUCCUUGUUGUCGUGUGCAUCAUGUUUCCCUGUGCCAUCAGUCAUGUGCCUCUUUAUUCCAGAUUCAACCGCCUGACGGACGGCCUCCUGUCAUCAAGAAAUGUCUUUUCCCUCUGUUUAGCCCAAAGAAUAACAUAAAGCAUAGUUCCUCUGUGAGAGUCCUCCCUGUAUUGUCCUCUUCCAUGGUACAUGUUUUACACUAUCCUACUCUCCUCCUAACUCCAUACCGUCACUCUAACACAGCAUGUAAAAUAACAUAACUCACAAAUGCUUAAAUGUUUGGUUUGAACUUCGACAUGAAGGGGGAUUUUGGUACUUUAAACCUGGGCUGUUAUUUACAUAUUUGAGGUCUGAAUGACUAAUUAGUAUUAAAAAAAAAAGUUUGGGAAUUGCUCUGACUCAUUGCUCGGCCGGCAGCUGUGACAAAUGGUCCAAGUUUCUUUUAACAUCCCUGUGAUGAGGACAGGCAAAGCUGGAAAAAAAGUUAUUACUGGUUGUCAGGUUGUGCAUACAUUAGUCGCACUUUUGUAAACAUGGUAUCUCAGGAAAAGCCUCUAGAAUACAAUUUUAUAAACACCCACUAAUACUUGAGAUAGUUCAGGUCUUAUUGGCCCUCAAUUGUGAAACACGCUUGUAACAAUAACACACAAAUAGAGCAUGAAUGGAUAUUUAUUUAUGCUCUACAUAUUUGUGCUACAACAUUAGCUACACCUGGACAACAUAAUGCAACCCAAUACAGCCGUUUUACCAUAAACGUAAUUUUUACAAAGCUUCUACUGUAGAUUUUUCUGUCUUACCAGCAUGAUCACGCAGGUGAUAAUUAUUUUAUUGUUGAAGCUGAAGUGGGUGUUGGCGGUGUACUGAAGUGGGCUGUAUUGACAGUGGUCAAUAUUUUGCUACCCUUGUUUUUGUUAAUGAAGUAGACAAAAUAUAAGGAACGCCUUUCAGUAUGACACACUCAAGCACACCACCACCCACUCUUCAGACAUUAGUAUAAAACACAGCAAUCACUUGUUUGAACAUGUCAACAAAGACUAAAAAUUCAGAAACUUCCUGAAAGCAGGACUUGUGGUGAAGCUGUUUUGUUGGAUUGUGUGUGAAUGCCUGGAUGUUAAUGUUGUUAUGGCUAAUCAUUGUAGUUCAGAGGAGAUAAAAAUAGAAAAUAAACAUCAGUGUUAAUAAUAUUUACUUAAAAAAAAUAUAAAAAAAUAAACAAAAAUAAAAAAUAAUAAUAAUAAUAAUAAUAAAAAAAAAAAUAUAUAUAUAUAUAUAUAUAUAUAUAUGUAUAUAUAUAUAUAGAUAGAUAGAUAGAUAGAUAGAUAGAUAGAUAGAUAGAUAGAUAGAUAGAGGUACUUUCUGUUUGUGUUGAGUUUGGCACCCCCUUUGGACAAAAAUGUACCUCUUAUAUCUCUGCUUAUUUCUUUCUGAGUAUCUGUAAGUUGUGUUUUCUAACAAAAAAUUCUUAUAACCUGAAAAGUAACAGUGAAAAAAUUCAUUUAUUUUGUGAUAAUUAUUUGCAGUCAAAAAUGUUAGAAAAAAAAAAAGAAAGAAAAGAAAAAAACAGGGAUAAACUAGCUUGUUUGACACCGACCCCUUCUCAGCAACUACAGGCUUUAAAAAUUACAAUAUAGAAACUGUUAGUCUUGUUUUUACAGUCUUGUUUGCCUUUGUAGGUCAUGAAGACAUUAAAUUUCAGUCUGUUGCAUCACCAUCAUAAAAUACUCACAUGAACUUACAGGAUAUGAUACUCCAUCUAAAGUAUGUAUAAUAACACAAAUGGACCUAAAAAUGUCUAAAAAAGAUGUAGGUUUAAAAGAAGUGAUGAUAUUCUUCACCCAGAGGGUCACAGAUCUAUUUCUUGUAGUUAUACCACCUUGUACACGUGAAAAUAAGAUGUCCCUGUGACAAAUGGUGGUCUUGAAUUAGUCUGUCUACUGACAGAUCAUAGGUAUCAGUGAACUCAUGUAGGUCCACUGUUGUUAUUAUUGUGAUCACAACAUCUCAGCAGUUUCCAGGGUGAAGAAAAAAACACUUUUCUCUUGAACCAAUCUCCAUUUGCAUAAAACUGAAGAAUUUGCAGUCAUAGUACCAGGCAGGAAUUUUUGCAUAAAAGCAAUCCAGUUUCCAUCUGUAGUAUGAAUAUUAUUUUGGACUGUUCAGCACAGGGAAAAUAGUCUUUAUGUAGAAAAAGUAGGGCAGGUCAAAAGACACAAUACUGUAAACCAUUCGAGGUCCUCAAAUCUCUUUAAAAAGAUAUUUCUGUGCAAAUGCAAGAAGACAUCUCUGUUGGUACUGUCUUAGCCUGCCACUCUUAAAAAACAAGGAGCUACCUUGAUCAGAACAGCCUGAUCACCACUUUAGGCUGAGGCAACCGUUGUACAAUUCCUAAACAUUUUGCACCUAUCAGUCCUUUUAAGUUGAAACAUGUAAAAAUAUGGCCUGGGUUUGGAAAUAUGAGAAUUUCCCUACAGUGGUUUUCUGUGACCAUUUCAUAAGUAUCCAUUAACAUUAACAGUGAGUUGUCAGAACUAACCAAUCAGAUCCAUUCAUCAGCAACAUGAAAAGUACAUCACAUACCUGGCGUUAUAAUUUAAUAACGCUCCUUAUUUUGAUAAGAAAAUGAGUAUUUUAUCAUUUAGUCGCUAAUAUUGUUGAACCCUAACUUCAAAAAAGUCGUGUGGCUAUGUUAAAUGUUGAAAUGAACACAUGAGGAUUUUCAAAUCAAAUCAAAUCAUUUUAAGCCUUUUUAUAUCAUAUCAAAUGCUGAUACAGAACAAUUUCAUUGUUUUAUGAAAAAUAUAUGCCCCUUUUUCAAUUGGGCAUAUAUCUCUUGAUGCCUGAGAGUCUGGGGUCUCUUUUUUGUAUUUUGAGUCACAAUGUUCCAAAUGUUUCCAUGAGGGACAAGUCAGGGCUGCAGGGAGGCCAGUUUAGCAGCAGGACUCUAAUACUACAGUCAUGCUGUUGUAUUACCUGCGGAAUCUGGUUUGGCUUCAUCUUGCUGAAAUGUGAAGGUCUUCUCUGAAAAAGUCAUUGUCUGGAUGUUGCUCCAAAACCUAAAUAUAAUGUUCAGCAUUAUUGAGGCCCUCACAGUUGUGUUAGUUACCCGUACUUAUACUAUAUUAGCUGGUGACAAGCUGGGAGUUUGCAUUCAAGAUUUCGAAGAAGAAUGUCAAAUUUUGACUUCAGUAAUUCACUUAUGGUCAGUCCAUCCCAAAUGAGUUUGAUCCCAGAGAAGUUGCUAGUGUUUGUUAUCUUUAUAGUUUUAGGCCGGGAACCAUUAUUCUGAAAUUGUUGAACUAUUAGCUCACCCAGUCUCUUUCAGAGUGGUCAACCUCUUUCCAGCUUUACCUCUGAGAGACUCAACUUCUCUGGAAGCCAUUUUUAUACCCAGCCAGUUACUAACCUGUGGGGCACUAUUAAUCCACAUGUUUUUAUUAAACAACUUUCUCAGUCUUUUGUUGUCCCUGUCCCAGUUUUAUGUGAGGCACCAAAUCUAAAACAGGCAUAUAUUUUUUAAUAAAACAAUCAAAUACACUUUUAAGCAUCAAGCAUGAUGUCUCUGCAUUAUUAACAUUUACAACGGGUUUAAAUGAUUUGUAAUCCAUUAAACUUUAUCACUGUCAUUAUUCUAUGACAGUCUCAGCAGGCUAUUUUGAAAUAUAGUCAUAUAUUACUCUCAGAUAUUCCACUUUAAUAACACACAGAGUCAUGUCCUCAUAAAGAAUGGAUCUGCUUGGUCAUUUUUUUGUGCUUUCCAUGUGAUUCAGAUCUGAUUUCAGUCACAGUCCUAACUGCAUGUGUCCUGUUAUAAACUGAGGAUGAACCAAAGCUUUUAUUUAGGCCUUGCUUAGGCACCUUAAAUCUAUUCCACAUCUCAAGCCAGGAUUUGAUGGAAAAAAAAACAUCCACUAGGAUGGAUAAGAAGGGGUUAAAUUUUUCACACUGUUCAAACAUUUUGACCUGAUGAAGUGGCUGCCAUCUCAGAGUAAUGGUUCAAGACAAGACAGGUGUCUAAGAUCUUUCUUUCCCUCAUACUUCUAUUUUUAUGUGACAGUCUGUUCCCUUUCUGAGAGGGGGUUACAGAUGAUGGCAGCACAAAUAAACACAAUCUGGCCAUGAAAAUUCAGGCAGGCAGACUCAGAGCUGCUGGGAAAUCGCUCUCAGAUUUCUGCAUAAAGAUUAGAUCUUUUGAAAAUACUGAGACUUCAGAUGUUUCACGGAUUUUUAUGAAUGUUUGAAAUCAUCCUCAGAACUGAAUCAGUCAUGAGCAAGACCAGUCUUCUCCUCCUCUUUCUCAUUUUACCAAACUCUCUUUUUAGCUACAUGUGCAUGUUGUGUUCUUUUGUUCAUUUUUGUGACCAAAUAAUAAAAAGUCCAUCUCAUGACGGAGAGCAAGAAAUACUCAAACCUUCUGUUGACCAGCUUUGAAGCUUAGAUAGAGUUCUCAAUAGAGCCAACGAAGGGCUUUGUAUUAAAUAAAUUGUAAUUUAAUUGUAUAAAGACAAAUACAUAAAGAAAUUAAUGAGUACGCUUUAAAAAGUGUUGAUAAUUUAGUACAUUUUGUGAGCUUCUUGUUUUCCUUUGUGUUGUUUGGACUCAUUAUUUGGUCAAAUGUGUGAAUAAUCCGUUUACACAGAUGAAUAAAUAUGUAUACUCGAUGUGUGAAAGGUUCCUAAUGAAGGGGUGGAUACAGUCAUCCAGAAGUCCUCCAGGUCUGGCCACUCAAGCAGCCGCCACAGAUCCAGGGACAAGAGCAGAGACCGGGACAAGAGCAGAGACCGGGACCAAGACCGGGACAAGGACUGGCCUCCUGAGAAACUCUCUGAUUCACACUCACCGGUAAGACUGACAGAGAAGUUCUUCAUUUUCAAAUAAAACAAAAGAAACGGCAGCUUUACACAUGAAACACACACAUCAACAAUCCUUAACCCAUGUGUGGCACUUAAAUAUAAUGAAAUAUAUGACACAAACAUAAACAUUAACAGCACAGAGCUCAAACACUGACACUCAUUGAUAAUUGCUCUACCCAUGUUUUUUUUCUUAAGUUGUAUCUCUGCCUGUUUGUUCUUUUUGUUAGGGAGAAUACAAACACCAUUGUUGACCAGUAAACUUUAAAUUUCAAACCAGGUUUAAGUAUAAAGGCCACAGAUUGUUUGUUUGGCUAUUAUGUCGCUUGGCUGAGGCUGCACAUGUAGUCACCAGCUGUUAAAACCCGGGGUAAGACUUGAACAUGCCUCAGUGUCCUGUUUAGGUUUCACAAUACCAGAAUGUGGGCCUAUCCUGGUUUCUAAAUCUGGAUUUUUACAUGCACAAACAGAUACAUGGGAUACCGAAAAACCAGAGUAAAACCAGGAUACUCAAGUCCAUGUAGACAUACUUGUGGCCUCACCUCAGAGAAGGUCCAGAGAUGGUCUAAAUGGUGAACCUGGUAAGGGUCUCAAGUUUGGGCAAUUUAACUCUGGUGUAUCUAAAUAAGAACAUAGUUAUAUCAACACCAGAAACUUCAUGAAAUACUUUUAAAUUUUUUAUUUGUUUAUUGCUUGUAACACCAGGAUUUGUUCUUCUCAUUUGACUUUUCUGGAUUGGCGAAGUAGCAUUUCUUUCUUACAGUGCCACAGUGUGAGAGGAUAGGUGUGUUCCUUGUGUUGAAGUAUCAGUACCUUACAGAGCCCACAGAAGAAACUCAGCAAAAUCCUUUAAAACUUUUGCAGGAUCCCAAGAAACUUUUGAAAGGUUCCACUAACUUUUGUAAGAUCCAAGUAAACUGUUGCCAGAUCUUUUGUGACCAUCCCUUUAAACUUGUUGCAAGAUCCGUCCAUUGAAACAAAUUUUUUUUUGUAGCUCAAAAAAAACUUCUGCAAAUGUCUGAAAAAAGUUUGCAUGAUUCUGAAACACUUUUUUAAGCUCACUGAAAAGCUUUGUGAAUUCCUCUGAAACUUUCGUCAGAAUUUUGCUAGACCUGUAGGAACCCUGCUAGAUGUUCAGUGACUUUCACACAAUCCCUUUUUCCAGGAUCCAUGGAAAAUUUUUGCAAGAUCAUCGGCAUAUGUGCCCCAUAUACUGCGGAACAGCCACACAGAGGGUUCAAGUGCACAGUCAGCAUCCCUCCUUUACUUCACUCCCUGCUCUCUCCCGGUUUUGUGCUCUAUCAACUGUCCUUAUUUCUAAAUAAAGGCACGAAAACGCCCCCCCAGAAAAAUUUAAUAAAGGAGAUCUUGCAAAAGCUUGUCAUCCAGUCAAAUUUAUUGUUUGGAUCACAGACAAAGCUCAAAAUACAUUCACAGAUCUGGCCAAUACAGGUCACUGACUCAUCAGCAGCUUUAUGACUCUGACUCUUCUUCCCCAAGGAACACAGGGGGUUUACAUCCUGGUAACUCAACUCUUGAACCACACAGUGACACUGAAAUUUGCAAUUUGCAAACUUGCGCACUCCUAGAUAUAGGAUGUCUUUGAUUGUAAAAAGCCUCGACAGCUUUUUGUUUUGGACUGUUGCACUGAAAUAUGUUGAUCACCUGUAAUUUGUCUCGCCCCUCUCAGAGUCAGCCACUGAAGUCUCUGCGUAAACUCCUGCACCUUUCAUCCUCGUCCUCCAAUCAGACGGCUUCGUCUGACAUGCGCUACCAGCCGCUGCCAAAUCCAGCCUCCUCUCAGGGCGGAUUCACAGAGAGCCGGGGUCACUCAGGGGUCAGCACGCCCCAGCUAAAGAGCCGACAGUCCGCCUACCCGCUGCCCGGACAGCUGGAGUCUAACUGGCACUCGUCUGCUCUGGGCCGACCCGAGGGAAACCCCUAUCCAGAGCAAAUGAGCAUCAAGGGAGGCCAGAACGGGCAUGGCUUCGGACGGCCCUCCAGGUCCCGUAUGCCAAACCUGAACGACCUGAAAGAGACGGCUCUGUGAUCUCAGUCACUUUACAGCUCUCAGAUCCACUUCAGACUCUUUCUUUUCCCCUCUAUUGCUCCUACAUGCUCCCUCGCUAAACAGCACAUCUGCAACACUCACACACACACAAACAUAUACUCUACACACACACACACACACACACACUAUUCCCUCAGUUUUAAACUCUGCUUGCAAACAGGCCAAAAGCCUUUUUAUGUCUUAAUUUUUUUUAAAGCUUCCAUGUUUGAUAGACUUUAUAUUAAUACUUCUGUAAUUCUGAUUAUAAUUUGUAUUAUAAAGUAAAUAUAUUACAAAUUAAAUAUAUAUAAAUGGAUAGAUGAAGUGUAGAUUUUAAGUGUAAGUAUUUUUGUUUCUAUUGGAUAUAGAAAUAUAGUACAUUUUACUGCGUAGUAUUUCCUUAAGACUAUCUAAGGCAUUCUGAAUCAAGUUUUAUCAGUUGUUACAAUAGAGGUCGGUAAUGUGGGUAACUUUACAUUGUGUUCAUCUCACAGGACUCAAAUUCUCCAUCAUCAGAACGGUUACAGAAGCUGAAAUGUGCUACUACAAGUCAAAGCAGUUUUGUUGUUAAAUUCUAGCUGUAGUGGAGUUUUUCUGAGUUGGCACUGACAAUCUUUGAGGCUUCAAUAUAUUUGUUGUUUUAAGGGUAUUUUAGGUUUUUAUGUCUUUUCUUUUGUUGUAAUGCAGCCAUUUUAGACACUAUGGUGCCAUAAACUGACUGAAAUCCUAACCAACAUCGCCCUCUGUAGGCAAAAACAAAGCACUGCGUUAACUGUCUGAGCUCACCAUGCGCUAACCUACAUUUUAGGCACUGAAUUCUCCUGCACAGUAUGAGUAGAUGAAUAUAAUCCAAACAAGUAUUAUACAAUUUAAGCUAUGAUUAAACAUCAGUCAUCACAAAGAGAACAAGCAUAUUAAUAUUCCUCCUCAUACAAACUAUUACAAUAAUCCUAACAAUAGAAAUGUAAUCUAAAGUUAUUUACAGAAAUCCUUACUUAUAUACAAACAUUAUGAAGCACCCUGAAAGAUUAUUAACACAGUAUAAACUUCAAGGACCCAGUUAACGGCUCGUGACAUCCAUAAAAUAAUGAUAAUGAUAUUUGUUUGUGCUCAUUUCUCACUUGAAGAUUUCACAUGAGCGACUUCUCGUGUUUCCUUGUGUUUAGUCAGUAUGAUGAAAGUACAAACACAUCCAUAAUAUUACACUCAGUCUAACUGCUGUAAGAAUGUGGUUUAAAAACCAUGUAUUUUUUUUCUCAUUGUUGUUUGAUAGCAAUUUUCACAGCAGCUAGAGGAACACAAAAGCCAUUCUGGAUGUUAAAGUGCAGUGAUUCCCAACAAAACUGACAUGUCAGACCAGCAUAACGAGCAAAUAAGCAUUAGUACCAUCUUUAAUGCUUAACAAAAAAAUGGAGAUUAUUUGACACUGAGGGCUGUUGCAAUAUGCCGGUAAUCAUAUUUAUUAAAACAUGAAAUAUUGAUUUUGUGUUGAAAUAAGCAAACGAUAAUACUGAGAGUUCGUAGCAGGGGUCCUUUACAUCAUAAAACAGAAGAGAGAUGAAGAGGAAACAGCAGACCAUUCGUCACUGGCCUGAAGCAGCUCUCAGAGAGAUGAUUUGGCAUUCUAAAAAGUGAAAGUCCAGGAUGUUUUGUCAAUCCAAAUGCAGCAUUAGGGCUUGUACCUCUUCAGGUUAUUGAUUAAUUUAUAACAUUUAUAUUUUAUAACUAUUCUGUUCACUGUUCAGAUGCAGACUGCAGUUCGAGCUACCAAAAUGAAAGCAUGGUUUGAUUACAGUGUGGGAAAUGAAGCAGACCAUAAAAUAUUAAAAUGAAACAUGCCCAACAAACUUUUUAUGAGGUUUGCUGUGAUUUAUUUUGUUUGAUACCUUACCCCCUCGCUUAAAAAUUUCAGCACAGAAACACUGAUCCUUGUUGCUGAUGGUUUGAUUCACUUUUCUUGAUCACGCAGAGAAUAUGAAUUUCAGUCGAAUUUCCUCACAGUGAAUUUAAACACGAUCUUACGAGGCAUUGAUUUAUUUUCCCAACAUGAGUUCAAAACGUUUUAAAGGAGUUUGCACCUUAAAAGUAAAAUGUUAUGCACAUUUUGUCUUUAGUCUGUUUUAAAGCUCCUGUGAGGGACCUUUGAUCUGCAUGUACUCCGUGUUGGGAAUCUCUGCACUUGUGUAUUUCAAACUGGUUGCACACACUGAUCCACUUGGACUUUGCUUUUGUUAAAUCUUCAUUUUGGACCACAUUGGGGGCAGAGGCUCUGUGCUGUAAAAUUGUUUUCUGUCAGGGUUGAAGUGCCAUGAAGGUAGCUUAGAAAGAAUAAAUCCUAAGCUUUUUAAUGGUGCACUUUGGAGAGUAUUUGUGGCUCAGCAAUAUUGCUCUGACUCUGUAAAUUCUUCCUCAUGUCAUGUUCAUCAUGUGUGCGGUGUGUGGAGACUGAAACAAACACGCUGAGUCCAACAUUUCAGUAUUGUAUUGUGUAUUGUGCAUCUGUAAGGACUGUGCACACUGUACCUGACACAAUACAUCUCUCUCUUUGGGUUUUGUUUUGCUGAAGGAGCACCGUGUAUUAUAUUAAUACUGAUGUGUGACUACUUGUUUGGUAAUAUUUAUAACAGAAGAUGUUUAUCAGCUGUUUAAAUGAAAUCAAGUAUUAAGUUUGUGCUUUUAUUACACAAAUUAGUAGCAUAGUCAGUGUUUAUCUGCUUUUUUUCAACAAAGCAUUUACAUGAGAACAUAAAGCCACAAAUGAAUGCUUAACAAUUUUAGAUUAUUCAUGUUUACAUAUGUAACAGUAAAUCUCCAAUAAACAAAGUUGAUUUGACUCUUGUAACCUGCAGAAUCUUUUUAUUAUUGUUUGCUCUGAUUCACAUGUAAGAACGGUAUUAAAACAGAAAUGAAAUCUUU